GCUUGCUACUGCUCUAGUAGUCAGUACUAUCUGCUGUGAGGAAGCGUCAAAGUAGGAGGAGGACCUAUACAUUUUUUUUUUCUAAUUAUCACUGGGAUGCAAGCAGCUGGCUGGGUGUGCUGUGCCUGCACUGAAUGGGAAAUUUAAAAGAAAACCCAGCAAUUUAUCCUGUUGCAUGAAAAGGGGCACUGCUGCCUAUAGUAGGGUAUUGAGCUGAGCCCCCCUUGGCACAGUCUCCAUAGUAGAGCUGCCCCACGGUGAGCUAUGCUGCAUGCCCCAGUAUUGUCUGAAUGCCUUGCUGCAUUGGCCCAGGACUCCCUGCACUCACCAUGAAACAGAUUGCAAGCUCCUCAACCCAGAUGGCAUGCUGCUCCCAGCCAGGACUCCAGGGGGAGUGACACUGACAGCCUGAGGAGAUCUCCCCCCAUCCUUCCCUGAAUCCCCCCAUCAGCUCCUUCUCAGGAUCCCCCAUCAGCUCCUUCAUUGGAUCCCCCCCUUUACUCCUUCCCCCAGCAUAGCUGGCAGUGUGUGUCAGUGGAUGAAGAUGCUGCAGGUUUCCUGGAUCUGACUGCUCCCAUUAUUAUCAUCCAUUACUAGCUCUCAUACAUUGCUGAUUGCGGCUGCUAUUGAUUAGCUCUGGGCUGGCUAGAGACCACAAUGGCGAGCUCCCGGAGCAUCGAGCUGGAGCACUUCGAGGAGAGGAGCAGGAAGCCCCGGCAGUCCAGGCGGACCGGUCCGGGGAGCAGCUCGGGCUCCAUGCACCGGGGCGGCAAUAAUAACAAUGGUCUGAUCCCCAGCCCCGCACACAGCGCUCACUGCAGCUACUACCGCACCCGCACCCUGCAGGCGCUCAGCUCGGAGCGCAAAGCCAAGAAGGUCCGCUUCUACCGCAACGGGGACCGAUACUUCAAGGGGCUGCCGUACGCCGUGUCCUCGGAGAGAUUCCGAUCGUUCGACGCUCUGCUCAUGGAACUCACCCGAUCCCUUUCCGACAAUGUCAGCCUGCCCCAAGGGGUGCGCUGCAUCUACACCCUGGAUGGCGGCAGGAAGAUCAGCAGCCUGGAGGAGCUACAGGAAGGUAAUACUGGCACUCAAUGAGCCGCAGGUGUACCGGGGCUGUGCUGGCUUUACACUGGGGGGCUGUCCACCUACUCACACAGCCACCCACCCACCAUCAUGGUUAUAAUGGCCAUUACAUUGAACCUGGCACAUGGGUGGUGGCAGUGCUGUGUGUGCCAUGGGCAGGGAUGGAUGGUGUGGAAUGGUACCCUACUUUAUUCUGCACUGUUAUUAUGGCAUUGCUUCAGCUGCAUUAAUAACCAUUCGGUGUAAUGGAUUAAAUACAGUGGUUGUAGUGCAGAUGGCCCAUUCAAUCAUUGUAAAUGCUUUAUACACAGUGUGACAUAUUCCAGUGUCCCCUGUAAAUGGUGAUGGAGGGUAUUGUCAUACCCUGAGUGAAAAUACAUAUAAUACACAUUUUAAUUCAGCUGCUUGAUGUGCAGGACUUAUUUAUAGCAAUACAAAAAUUUUCUGUUUGUGUGUAUCUCAGCAUUGUAAAACAGCCACAUUUUGUUAAUGCUUCAAUGAGGCUUUCCAUUUCACUUUGUUAAAGCACCUCUUUUAUAGACUUAUCAAAAUAUGGCUUUAUAUGAUAUUUUUUACCUUUUAAGUAUUCAAGGUUAUUGUCAUGUAGAUGUACAGGCUACUAAAGGUUUUCUGUAUUAUGGGUAUCUCUUCUGGCAGCUGUGUUAGAAUGCUAAAUAAGUACCUGCUUUGUGUAGUUUUAAAUUUGACAACUGGGGUCAGCCAACAGUCAAGCUUCGCACAAAGGGUUGCUAGGAAAUGUAAAACCUCUUAAAUGGUUAUUUCAAGCGCCAUAACUACUUUAAUUUAUUUGAAGUGGUCAUGGUACCUGGACUCUAUACAUACAGCUUUUUGCUUUGAACGCUGCAAAUACAGAAAUUAACAUGAGCUGUAAGAAAUUCCAGGCUGGCUACUGCCAAUUCUGUACAAAAUUGAUGUUGGAAGCUAGCAAACACAGCAUGCUGGCACCACACAGCCGAUAGCGGUAUUCCCUCCAUCAAUGCCUCUGAUAUUCUCCCAUCAGGCAAGGAGGAUCAAGCUGCAGAGAGAACUUUUAACUUAAACGUUGAAAAGGGUUUUUAAAACGUACCUGAAAUCCUGCACAGGUUGAACUUCCCAGUGCUCCUCCCCCAUUCAUCAUCACGGAAGCCCGUUGGGUGAUCCAGUCAGCUAUGAUUGGACCGUUUCACUUCACAGAGAGGCGGGGAUUUUUCUUUAAAACAUAUAUUCAAAAAAAGGCUGUUUAUUGCAAGGAGGCUUUUUGGCCUUGUCAUCGAGGUGUAACUGUCACCCCUCUAGGCACAGUGAGCACGGGGUCCACUUCCGAUUUACCCUUUUAUCUCAGGGAGAGACUAAGUAAAUGUAUUUCACCAAAAAGAGAAUAAGAGAAGUAGCCUUCAAGCUGUUGUCCGUUCUCAGUAUUCUCUUGCACCCUGUGUUUGUCUGGUUUUGUUUUUGUUUUUUCUUUUAAUGGGGGGUGAAGGAAGCAAAUCAUUGGCUUGAACAAAGUCUGUAACUUAGUCACUUGUUACCUUGGGCUUUCAAAAAAAAAGAAGCAUUUAGAAGAAAAUAAAUUACACAGUUACAUUCUGAUAGAAAACAAAUAUGUUAAACAGAAGCAUGACAAUGCACUUUACAUAAUUCAGCACAUAGAUGAGAAAUUCAUUGGGUUUCUAAAGAAUUGUAUUGGAUAUUCCAUUGAAAGGCCACUCACUAAUCUAAACAUCAAUACUGGGGAAGCCUGUGGAAUACUCUUGUUUUAUGCAGAGAGGAUACACUAAACCUCACAGGCAAUUAAAGAGACCUCCAGGAGUUAGACGAGUUUAAACAAAUCCAUGCAAAGAAUUUGCACAUAUUUAUUUGCUGGGGUUUUUUUUAGUUAUAAUUGAGCCAUCUUGCCUUACUAUUUUGCGUAGCACAUGCCAAUCUUUAAAUUAACACUCUUAAUUUUAGGUCACACAAUUAUUUCUCAGUUGCAUCUUCAUACAAACCUUUUCAAAUCCUAUACUUGGAUAUACCACACAUCAGAGGUCUACAAAUACUUGUUAAUGUCCACAUGUUUUGCGACGCAAUAAAACUGCUAUUGGGAAUAAUAACCGAUCUUAAAGGGGAACUCUAGUGCCAGGAAAACAAAAAUUGAUCAAACGUUGCCGAACGGCCCAGAAGUCCCUCUAGUGGCUUUCACUAGAGGUAUAUUUUCUUAAAAACUGCAAUAAAAAGGGGUUAAGGGACCUGGGGCAGUACAUGAGCUGUAGUGGUCUGGGUGCCUAUAGUGUCUCUUUAAGCCUUCAGAUGCUCUGUGUGGGAAAAAUGUUCAGUGUCCCUCCCUGGCCACACUCUCUCAUCCAAUACCUCCCACCGUAAAAAAAAAAAAAAAAAGUGAGAAUUCCUAGGAAUUAAAAGUGAAUUUACAAUUGAAAGACGAAAUAGUCAAAAUGAACGUUUUCAGCGAAGUGACAGUUCCUCGUUGCCAGCAAACACUAUUGCAGCAUUUGAUGAGGUGUAUAAUGUGCAGGGGAGGCAAGUUUAAAAAAAAUAAAAUAAAAACACUCCUAUUGUGCUUUUAUGUUGUUGGCAAUUUUCCCAUUCCAUGAUGAAUCCGGCGUCUAAUGAGAAUUUCCAUAUAACUGCAUGCAGUCAUACACACUAUCACAUACUUGGACAUACAAACAUGCACAGUUUACGGUAUACCAUGAUGGGUGUGGAGGUGGGGAGGACGAGGAAAAUAGCAGCCAGAAUUACAUUACCAGGUGUCUAAUGGUGGGUAAGCAGGGACUUCUUCCUGCUUCCCCACUAUGGACACUGCAGUUUCCAGGCACCUGCCUAGGUAACAUCCCAAAUGCCAUUGGAUGUUGGCAGGCCCAUUUGGUCCUGUGACACCCCAACAAUCCUCUGAAUCCCCUUUGCUACAUCACUGUGUCUGCAUGCUACACAGCACAGUGUAUGCCUUUACACCACUGUGACUGCAUGCUAACCCUCUUCAUCUCCUUUGGUUAGCAGUGCACAUGCCCAGGUGACCAAAGAUGGCAAACUCCAUUGGCAGCAGUGGCUAACUUGAUGUUAGUGGGGACAGGCUGUUUUGGAGGGUCCCUGCACCCGGGGGCUCACUGGGCAAGGCAUCAGUUCUCUCCCCACUUUGGGUCCAUGACUGAGUACCCAACUGCUCAGUCUGCCCCUGCUACAAGCGAAGGCAGAGCUGGACACAAGUGUGUGAACUCUGUGUCCUCCUGGCACUCCUGUUGCCAUGGCACCCCAUGCUGCUUUACAGCUUACACAUAUGUCUUCUCCUUUUUAAACUAUAACUGUGGGCUGCAAACAUUCUCUACUAGUGAUCCCUGGGGGAAUAUGCACACUUUGCAAUAAGUUCCAUAACAUUACUUCAAGUCGAUGGCAUUUAAGAUGAAUACUGGAGAUCAUGACUGCUUUAUGCAGUUCUCUGAUUUUCUAAAAGUUUGGAAAUCGUACACUGCAUAAGAACUGGGUGUAUGCCUUUGUAUGAAAGGUGGACGGGCUAGUGCCUACUCUCACAGCCUCUCUAAAAAUGACUUCUUAUUUACUUUUUUGUAUGCCCUGAUAUAAAUUUAUACAUGCACUCAUGCUGAAUCUCCAAUCAGGCUUUAUACUGAAGCAGUGUUUGUACAGUCCAGCUCUGCAUCAUAUCCAUUCUUGUGGACCGAACCAAACCCUUGCUUGCCCUGUCUGAGUGCUUGAUUGGUCGACUGGAGCGUUCUCGAUCCCCUAUCUAAACUGUCAUCUUUGAGUUAUUAAAUACAUUCUAUGUGGCUUGACAGGGUAUUGACAUAUUCACUUCUACACUUUAUCUCCACAGGCAGCCACAUUCUGUCUUUCCUUGACUUGAGUAGCCAGACCUGGUAGGAAAUGGCUGUUGGAAGUGUAACAAUAAACCUAAUUUAGCUGUUUCUGAUUCAUACUAAUUUCCUAGUUCCCCUCACGUUGUCAGCUGUUUCUGUUCAUCAUGAUGAAUUUCCCUAGAAUAGCAUUAUCACCUGUCGUCUGAUUUAUUUACUUUCUGAUGUAAGAUUCAUAGUAGACUUAUAUUUCUUAUGUGGGUAGUAGAAAAUUUUACCUUUCUCUUAAAAAUGUUAAAGGGAAACCAUUACCAGGAUUUUUUUAUAAUGUAUAUCCAAUAUAAUAAACAAAUAUCUACUUUGGCUGGAAAGACCAAUUGUAAAUGUAGCAAUCCAAACCUAUUCCUCUUUCUCUCCUGAAACCGGGCAAUUGCAUAUUGGCUCCCUGUCAAUCAUUGUUGUAUACCUUCUUUGUUUUUAAAUGAAAUAUCCUAAUGUGUAAUUUCCGAGAAGUAACGGUUAACCUUUUAAGAAGAAUGUCACUCAUAAACUGAAUCUUCCAACUACCUACUCUCCCUUAGCUGCUCACAGUAUUUGGUCGAAUACAGUGUAUCAAGCUAGACGUAAAUAGAGUCGGGAGAAUGUGAGGAGUAGUACAUAUACCCAGCCACCUGUAGUUACUGGCUCACUAACCUGGUUACAGAGCUCUGUUCUCUCUAUUAGGGGAGCACGCAGUGGACAAAUACAGUUCUGCAAAGUGGUAUAUUGGAUGUAGCCAUCCAUACCUUUUACUCCUGAUUUUUGUUCUCUACUGCAUAGAAGAGAAGGGAUUAAAAAAAAUUUGUUUUAUUUUUUUUAAAUAUACCGGUUACGUAGCGAGGGAAAAAUAGAUCAUUGUAUAUACCAUUUUUCACAGAAACAAAACAUUUAAACUAUGUGGGAUACGUGCAUUUUGGUGUGUGAAGUAAAUUUGCCUGAUUGUUGAAAACAACAUUUUUAGUAUGAUUUGCUUGCUGUUAAUCAAUUAGAGUUUCCACUUUUUUUUUUAAAUUUUUUUAUUUUAUUUUUUUUGGGGGGGGGGAGGUGGUGUGUGUGUGUGUGUGUGUGUGUGUGUCACGUGUAAUUAAUACCCUUUUAGUGACAGAAUCAGUCAGCAAAGUCAUAAAUUGUACAUCAUUUUAGUGGAAUAAACCACUACAAAAUUUAACAUAAAAUGAAAACCUCAAGAAUUAUUUUAAUGCACUAUAUAACCAUAACCACUCCUACCAUAGAAAAAAAAAAAUAUAUAUAUAUAUAUAUAUAUAUUGAUACACAAUUCCAGCCUUAGCUGUACUAAGAUUAUUCCUUUUUAAGUUGCAUGUUAAAAAAAUAAAAAAAUUUCAUGCAUUGGAAAUUUUCAUGCACAUUUCCAAUGCCACAUAUAUUAUUUUUAUUGUAUAGCCACACUGCACUGACUUUAGAGGGCCAUUAUAACUAUUUAGCUCAAAUUCUAGUUUUAUUUUAUUGGAUAACAUGACUGUUUACAAAUGGAGAAACUAGAAAAUCUUAAAAAUAAAUAGUAUAAUGUUUUAAAAACACAACCUAAUUAACUUACAACUUGAACCUUCCUGUUUUAAUGACCAAUAUUAUAGUGGCUUUGAAAGGACACUUAAUUAAACUCACCUGUUCCCUGGAAAGACCUACAUUAUUAUUUUUUUUUUAAAUUGGAAUAUGUAAGCAUUAAGAAGUUUGUUAUGACAUAUCAUGCCUCAAGAUUGGUAAAUUGCAGUUAAAAAAUUUUUAAUCCUUCUAAAUUUCAUAUUUUUGUUAAAUCGUUAGUGUGCUUAUUUUAGCUUUAAAUACUUGUUGAUUUAAGUCUAUAGUGAAAUUGUCCUGUAUUUGUUGUAAAUGUGACGUGUAACCACUGUCUUAUUACUUCUUAAAGACAAAUAUGAAAUAACAAAUUGUAAACUCAAACACAGGUUUGUAUUCACAAACGUUUUCUCAUUGAUUUCAGGUGAAAGCUAUGUGUGUGCCUCGAAUGAACCUUUUCGCAAAGUGGACUACAACAGAAAUUCUAGUCCAAGCUGGUCUGUGAAUGUAAGGACUGGUUCUGCUCGGUCUCUUUCGUCUUUAACCACUUUGAAGAAUGAGAUGAAGGAAGGCAAAGAUUUCAUCAAGCCCAAACUAGUGACUGUUAUACGGAGUGGAGUGAAGCCACGAAAGGCAGUGAGGAUCCUUCUAAAUAAAAAAACAGCCCAUUCCUUUGAACAGGUCUUGACAGAUAUUACGGACGCUAUAAAGUUGGAUUCAGGCAUUGUGAAGAGAUUAUGCACACUGGAUGGAAAGCAGGUGAGACAUGUGGCUUCACGCUGGUAGUUACGACAAAUAAGAUCUUGAAUAAAUAGUGGGUUAUGUAUAAAGAGCAACAUUGCGACAAUGCUUUUUGUUUUGGUUUUGUACAUUUCACUGGUUUGGAUUCUGAAUUCUCCACUUACAGUUGUAUCUACUUUUUAUUGUUUGGAAAUCUUUGUUCUUGUGAAUGCUGCAUUCACAUUUGUAAACGUAAGGCAGGAGCUGCUUUUAAUAUAGGUGUAACUGAAAAACCAUAAAUGUGCUCCUUGCCAGUGCGAAUUCAAAGCGGUCAUAGAGUGAUGUCAGCAGGGUUGACCAACAUUAUUAGCCUUGCAGUCUCCUGUCCCGCUUGUUGUCUCCCCUGUUUUAUUAGCUGCUGCUGUUCUUUAUGUACCAACUGUUCCUCUAGUAAUUGUCAUUUUUUUUAACUGCAGUAUCCCUGCAUGUUUGAGUAUAAUGUAGUGCAAAUUGUAAAUAAUUUCAAAUAAUGAAGAGCAUGAUCUUAGACUUAACUAAAUCCGUAAUUGCUAUGUUACCAUUAACUAUUUCAGUAGUAGUCCAUAGGUAGAGGUUCAUGUGUGUAUAAAAGUGAUAAAUGUGUAAACAAAUACAGCAAUAAUGUGUUUGAUGGAGGGAAGUGUGUGUGUGUUGGGAUCCUAAUACUACGUUUUGCAAUUGGUAAUAACUUAAAUACCUUAUGGGUUGUUGUUUUUUUGUUUGUUUUUUAAUGUAGGUAAGUCAUUUUGAGAUCUCAUUGCUGCUGUAUGCAGUGUUUCUAAUUAUUUACUUGGCAAGAUGUGCUGUUAUAACAAUAUCCUGGGCAAACUGUGUUCUCUUCCUUUUCUACAGCCAGUCUUGUUGCAGAAAAACUACCAAAGAUAUAAUAAACCGUAGACAUUUCUACAGGGCUAAUAAUGUUCAUUAGCCAUUGAAGAGUGAAAAUGUAGCCUUAGAGAGUAGAAACUCACCCCUGGUUCAUAUGCUAUGGCUUGCAGUAGUGUGUGACUUUUAUUUAUUUUUUUUAUUUUAUUUUUUUAAAGGCCUGUCUAGUAGCAUAGGACCAGUGGCGUACUAAGGGGGGGCAGAGGGGUGGUCCGCCAUGGGUGCCACCAGGGUGGGGGGUGCCUUGGUAGAGGGCGCCGCCAGGAGCGCCGGCCCUUCUCAUGCUGCAGCCGCCUUAGCGCUCUGUAGAGAGCCUCAGGCGGCUGCAGCUUUGCCCGCCCGGACGCAGCCUGAGGAGAGGGGCUGACAAGAGGGAAGCGAUCAGCGCUCCCUCCUGUCACUCCCUCACUGUAGCGUGGCCGAGCCCUCUAUGGUCCGCGGGUACAGGGAGCAUCUGUCUCCUGUACCCGGCCGGACUAACAGGAAGUACACACUGGAAACAAAAGCUCCCUGUACCCACGGACCAUACAGAGCUCGGCCAUGCUACAACAGAGGUAGGGGAGGGGGGGGAUAAGGAAAUUGGGAGGGGAGGAUAAAUAAAGAUUGGGAGGAGGGAGAAGGAAAUUGGAGAGGGGGGAUAAAAGAAAUUGGGAGGGGGAGAAGGAAAUUGGAGAGGGGGAUAACGAAGGAAAUUGGGGGGGGAUAAAGAGAGAAAUUGGGAGGGGGGAGAAGGAAAUUGAAGGGGGGGAGAGAUUGACAUUCAUCACACAGAAAAACACACAAUGCAUUACACACACUGCAUUACAUACACAAGCAAUGCAACCGUUUCACACAAUGCAUUGCUUACACACACAGAAACACACAAUGCAUUCAUUACACACAUUCAAUGCACCCCUUACACACACUCAAUGCAUCCCGUACAUACACAGAAACACACCUUGCAGCCCUUACACAUACAAACAAAGAUUCACACAAUGCAUUCCUUACACACAUAUCAGGACAUCCCCUACACACUCUACCCCCUGUGAACAAACUCAUUGGUGGAACAUGAAGGUGGACCCUGGGACUCAGACCUUGAGCUGUGUAAAGGGCCCCCCAAAAAUUGAGCUGCUUCCCGUUGAUCCCAGAACAUUGAUUUUUGUGACCACAGUUACAAACUGCCUCCAGAGAGCCUGUUCUACACCAGACCAGUGGAGCCAGACUGCAGCUAGAGCCCAUCAUCAUCCUCAUCUGGUUGUAAGUAGGCAAUCUAGUAUAUUAUUCGUGGCACUAAUCUCUAAUUUACCUCACAUUAAAGAAACACUAUAGUCCCCAGAACCACUGCAGCUUAAUGUAGUGGUUCUGGUGUCUAUAGCCUGUCCCUGCAGGCCUUUUAAUGUAAACACGGCGGCACUGCAGCACUGGCGUUAGAUAACAUGGCAAAUCAUAUGGGUGGGGCAUUGUGAUGUCACAUGGGGGGGUGUCAAACUUUACUUUUGCCUAGGGCGGCAAAAAUCCUUGCACCGGCCCUGGCUGGAGGGGGCUCUGUGAGCUGUGACCGCACAGUGCCCCAUGGUAGUCAGGGGCAGAGGAAAAGUGGGGCGGGGCGGAGCGAAGCAAAAUCAGAGGCGGAGCCAAACUGACGCUCGGGGCGGGGCUUUGGGGGGGCAAGGGGGUGUCAAGCACAGGAUCCGCCCCAGGUGCCAAAUGCUCUAGGUACGCCCCUGCAUAGGACUUCACAUUUUAAUCUCUUUAUGAUAAUAAAUAAGCUAAAUCAAUUGCACUUGUUUUGUGUUUACAUAGUUCUUUGUCGGUUUCUGAGAUUUGAGCCCCCGGUCAGGAACCAGAUUAUAGCACAGAACUCAAUGUGCCUCAGGAAUAUAAAAAAAAUUAUGUAUUGUUUAAACUACUUGAAGAGAUAAUUGGUCUGUGACUCAUGGAUUGCUUGACACAUUUAAAGUGUAACCAGCAUUAAUUUGUUUGUCAAAUUAAAACUAAUUGGGUUUGCUUGUGGCCUCGUUUUAAUCUCUCUACUGCUUACUUUGUAGCACAUUGGUAGCAUAUCAAAUUGAUAUUCAUCACGUAAAUUUACCUUUAAAUAACAAAUAUGUGCAAAGGUACCGAAAGGGUGGAUCUAUCGUGUAUUUUUAUUUUUUUUCUGACUAUAUAUUGGAAACGUGCUUUUCUGCAAUAUAUGUACAAUAUCUGUUGUAUUAUUUGGGGGGUUUUUUUGGUUUGUUUGCAUGUUCUGAGUCCAUGUAAUUCACAAUAAACUUGGAAGCUUUGGAGAGGACUGUAAGGAAACCUAGUAUUCAUUCGGUAGUUUCCUUCCGAACGGCCAAAGCAUCAGUGAUUAUAACUCUCCUUUCGGCAGAUAAAAUAAACGAUUCCCAUACGAAUGCAAUAGCUUUACCAGAUGAUUCCCUUAGUAAAGCAUACGAAUACCCAAACAUCAGCCGGAGACUAGAAAAAGGGUGCAACAGAACUGACGUUUAAUUACCACACACUGGCUUUUAUGCAAGUCCCCGUGCAAGGGGACAUCCCACAGGGAGGGACAUGGUACAUCCAAUCAUUAACAAGGAAAACAUAAAACACUCCCGGCACAAACAUACAAUUCCCUCCCCUAUUCCUGGAGAUAAUCAAGACUGCUAAAGUAAUAACUUAAUUAUCUCCAGGCAGAAAAAAUACAGUUUUACCCAAUAUUUAGAACACCCCUUUAUGAAUAUGGUAUCCCCACAAAUAUGUCCCCUGAUAGCCCCGAUCUGGGUGACCAACAUAUUCAAAUUUCACCCAGAUCGGUUCAAGGGUUUGCAAAAAGUAUGGAAGUCUUUUGUGACCGGCUAACCGCGAUGUUGCUGCCCAAAACAGUUCCAUGAGUUUGGGUAGUUUUGACAGUCUAUUUCGUAAAGAUGCAAAAACAGAAUAAUUCCAUGAAUGGUUCCCCCUGGCUCUUAGCAGCAAUUGUUCCCCUCAGACGAGUGAACAAAAGUACCGAACAGCGCUCUUCUAGCUGUUCGGGAAAUAAAGAUCCACCGUUCAUAUGUUGGGACCGGUGUUUGGGAAGUCAAGUGUCCGAUUUUAGUUUGACACUCGACGACGAAGUCCCGCUGCCUUUGUUCGCACAGAAAAAGAUGGCUGCCGUUUUCUCAGCCAUGUGGCGUUCAAUUGAGGCAUGCUUUAAAGUUAACAAGCUGGGGGAGGUGGUCUCUGUUCGGUAGUUACAGCUACCGAAUGAAAAAGGGGAGAAAUACCGAACACAAAGAGGGAUUUCUUCACAAGGACUUUACAAAGACAAUCUCAAAUGAUUCAAUUUCUAAUUUAUUUUUAUUUUAUUUUUUUUAACCAGCAAGCAAACAAAAAACAAACACAAGUGAUGCUUGUCCCUUUUUAACCCCUUAAGGACACAAUUUCAUGUGUCCUUAAGGGGUUAAGAAAGCAUUGUCAGUUUUAAGUUUCGUAGAAGAUGUUUAGAAUUUAUAGACUUUUUUUUAUUUUAUUUUUUACUUUUCUUUUUAAACUUGGUUCCAGAUAAAACAACCUUAGCAGCUCUAUUCGAAUGCUAAAUGAGUACCUGCUUUGUGUAGUUUUAAAUUGGACAGCUGGGAUCAGCCAACAGUCAAGCUGCACGUAUUGGGUUGUGAGGAAAUGUUAAACGCCAUAAAAGGUUACUCCAAGCACCAUUACUACUUUGUUAUUUUGAAGUGGUCAUGGUGCCUGGAGUCUGUGACCAGUAUUUCUUUUUGGAUUUAGUUUGAACGUAUGAUGGGUAUACGUAGACAUUUUAUGUAUUGCCUUUUGCAUAACAAUAAUAUGACCACAGUAGAAGUAAUGGAAGCAUUUGAAACUCCCCAUUUCUGAGUUCGUACCUAGCUUGCUACCCGUGAUAUUGUCUUUUUUCAGGUAUUAGACAUGUUAGUUGGGCUACCAAAUUCUGAUUGUGUAAAAUCACAGAGAGUGGAGUGGGUGUGUUGGUAUUUUUACCAGCCCUGCCAUGCAUGAUUAUAGUAUUGUAGUGAGGUGUGUUGGCCAUGUGUCAUUACUGCAUGUAUGACUAUAUCCCAUGGUACAGUUUCAUGUGAUGUUUUGGUGUUUUCAUGUGAAGAAAAACUAUUUCAGUCUACAUUCAAUAUAUCUCUGUGUUAUCUCUUACAAAUAGUUUGUAACAUGUUGUUUGUAGGAUAAUGAUCAACUUUGAGGAUUGAACAACCUUACGUGACAUGUUAAAUGGCAGGCAAUAAUUUUAAUCUGAUCUCCGCACGAACAUAGGAAUAUCAGAUGCGCCUGAUACUCCUCUUUUUCACUUGACACGGUUCACAAAGGACAUUGUAAAGCCUUGUCUCGUUUUGAAACUAAUUGUCCUUUUAACAAGACAUGCCACUAACUCCCGGUAAGGACAUCUCCGGAACUUGUAUAAUCUCUCUUCAUAAAAGGAUUUUCUUAGGCAUGAUGAGAAACACCAAUUUGAAACUUUAUGCAGUUUAACCAUUCUUAACACAACCCUUAUGUAUGGUAAUGACAUUAUGCAUGGCUGAAAAGUACAAUAUUUUUUGUGAAGGGAAAAAAAAAGCCUGUACUAAGCAACCUGUCUGAAUCUUUUUUUCGAAUUUUUUAUUUAGUUGAUUUUGUGUUUUACAAGACAGGUGGGGAAACAUACAUGAUCUCCUAUUUAAUUGUUUGGCUUUUUUUUCUUUUUUACUACUACUAGUAGUAGUAGUAGUAGUAGUAGUAGUAGUAGUAGUAAUAGUAGUUAAAAAAAAAAAAAAAAAGUGUGUGUAUACAUAUACACAUUUAUUUUUAUUUUUUUACUUCUUAAGUCAUCUGAAGGAUAGGAUUAAAUUUCCCCAACCAUAUGGGGGUAUUACUGGAAGAGGAAUAUAUUCAGUUUUAACCACAGGAGACCUGUGACAAGCUUGUAGAAGAUUGUAAAGGAUGAAAUUCGGCAGAUGGUGACAGGCUAUCUGGAAAGUGGCCAAUUGUUUCCUACUUAAUGUAACAUUUUUAGUACUAUGUAAAAUUUUGCAGAAACAGACAGUAAUUUUAGUGUGUGUGUAUAUAGGUCAUAAGCUUUCUCAUGGAAAAUUAUUUAGCUUUUUAAAAUGUAAAUUUUAGUUAGUGUUGGGUGCUUGACAAUACAUUUAUGUUGGGUAUUGGGCUUAUGUCUUGACAAGAUUAGUUUCAUUUGUGAUUUAACUUUCACUUUUCACUUUUGUUUUUAAAUAUUUUUCUAUGACAAUGUUAUAGUAUAAUUCCUUCCAAUGUGGUUCCAGAUAGGAUUACAAGGAUAUAUAGCACCAUUCAUGCAACUAAGCUCCUAUUUAUAAGAUGCUUUUAAAAAAAAAAUAAUUUUUAUGGAGACCUGAGGGGGAGAGAGAACUCUUGAUUGCUUGUGCAGCUCAUUCAGAUAUAUCUUAAAGGGACACUAAAGUCACCAGAACAACUACAGCUUAUUAUAGUUCUGGUGAGUAUUGGAAGUCCCUGCAGGCAUUUUUAUGUAAACACUUUCUUUUCAUAGAAAAGGCAGUGCCUACAUUACAGCCUAGGAACAUCUAUAGUGGCCACUCCUCAGAUGGCCACUAGAGGUGCUUCCUGGGGCAGCUCUGACGUCCUGCAUCUCCUUGCUCUGCAUGGGGAUGCGGAACUUUCCACAUAGAGAUGCAGUGAUCUUUUAUUCAGGUAUAUGGAAUUACAAGGGAGCCAUAAUGGAUGCCUGCAAAAGAAAAGAAAAGUGCAGAGCACAUGUAUACAGGAAGGGAAAAGUGUCACAGUCUGGUGCGGUAUAUAUGUGCCAUAGUAAUUAGACCGAGGCAAAAAAAAAAAAGAUAAUUAAGGUAGGGGAAAGUGUGAAGAGAAAGUUCUGGAUGCUGAGUGCUUUGAAAAGGAUACUGACUGAGAGACCAAGUAUGAGAUAACCGUUACACUUGGCUGCAUAUGAUGAUUUUAAAUAUUAAUAGAUGGACUGGCAAAUGUUAUUAUAGUACCUUACCUAGAACUCCUGUAAUGCCAGGCUACCCAUGUAACCAAACUCACUGUAAUUUGAGUGCCAAGACUAUCUUCUUUCAUCUGAAACUUAUGAAAAUGGUAAAUUAGUUCUUUGAGAACUUCUCCUACGGGUUUACUACAUGGCGUCUACGUUUUUACAAAGGGGAGAAAGUGGCAAACAAAUCUUUAUCUACAGGUUUACACUUCUAAGGUUGCGAGUAUAAUUUUGUUUUCUCUAAAACUAUAACCUUCUUUUGCACGAUGAUUUCCCACUGUUAUGUCUCAUUGUAACCACUCUAAUGGUCACAAUUGUCAAAUAGUGGCUCAGUUUUUUUUAAUAUAUAUAAUAUAAAAUGUGGGGUUGUGGUAUACUCAAAAAAAUAUUUUCUAGUCUUACCAUUGUUUAAAAAAAGCAAGCUUAUUUACAUUUAAAGAGAUGUCUCUGUUGUAUACCCCAUGUCUUAUACCGUCGGUCACUUUAAAGCCACAUCAGUUUCUGUGUUUAAUGCUGUGCAUAUACAUUGUAUCUCACUGAGCUUUGUUAUUAACAACUAAUUAGUCUGGUAGAACCUCCUUUCUUCCUACAGCUGCCAUAUGUCACAAAUGUUUUGUCUGCAUGAACCCUAAUCCCAGCGAGUGAUUAUAAAUUGACCUUUACUAGAACUUGUUCAGAGUAGUUUUUAUUUUCCUGGUUUUAUUGAAAACUCACAUUAGGCAAUCAUAUGUAAUUGUUCUGACAAUGAAAUAAAUUAUUAACUGGACAUUGCAAGCCAAAGACCAUCUAAAAAAAACAUAUCUGAUAACUGCAUAUGUGUGCAUAUUCCUACUUCUAGUGUAUUUUGUUUUGAACCUGUGAUUGUAUGCAGCUGUGUGAAUGCAUCUCGUAAUGAUAAUGUUAGAUUUGGUUAUGGUAAAGGACUGGGUUAAAGGAUCACUAUAGGGUCAGGAACACAAACAUGUAUUCCUGACCCUAUAGUGUUAAAACCACCAUCUAGGCCCCCUGGUCCCCUCAUGCCUCCAUAAAUAUUGUAAAAAUCUUACUGUGUUCAAGCCAGAAGCUGUAAAUCUGCAUGCUGUUAGACUCAGAAAAACAAGCCUUCUGUUGACAUGUGGUAGCCUGAUCCAAUCACAGUGCUUCCCCAUAGGAUUGGCUGAGACUGACAGAGGCAGAUCAAGGGCAGAGCCAGCAUGAUUCAACCACAGCCCUGGCCAAUCAGCAUCUCCUCAUAGAGAUGAAGUGAAUCAAUGAAUCUCUAUGAGGAAAGUUCAGUGUCUGCAUGCAGAGGGAGAAGAUGCUGUGCACAGUGCUGCCCUGUGCUCUGCUGACAGCAGAUCUGAGUGUAUGGAGGCAUAUUAUGCCUCCAUCAACUCCAAAGUCCCUCUGGUUCACUCUGAGUGACUGCAAUUGGAGGUGUUCCUAGCUUUCAAUGUAAACACUGUAUUUUCUCAGAAAAUACAGUGUAUACAUGAGAGGCUGCAGGGAGCUAUAGUUCUCACCUGAUCAACCUCAUUAAGCUGAAGUUGUUCAGGUGACCUUUAAGGUUAGAGACAGGUUAACAGAGUUAGAUUACAGUGGGUGUGCUCAAGAGGGGUUAAAGUUGUAGUAAAAGGGCUGUUUAGGAUAAGUGGGGGUUAAAUUGAUCAUUUGGAUACUGGGGGUGUUUUAUGAUUAUUGCGUUUAGGGUUAGAGUUCUGUUAAAUUUAGUUUUGGGGCACAUGAGGUGUUAAACAUAGGAUUAAAGGAACACUAUGGUGUUUAACUAUUAAGGUCCCCAACAUGGGUAAGGAGAUUUUACUCACAUUUUCUCCCACGCCAAUUUUGCCAGUUGGGUAGAAAAGCCAAAUAUUUACCCAUAUAUUCUAUGCAGUAGUGUGGCCGCAGGUACUUUUCACAAAGGUUUGACUGAGAAGACUCCUUGUUACAAAUUUUAAUUGUAACUUUUAACACUAGGAAGUUGCUAAUAAAGCACCAGUUAAAAAAUAAAUAAAUGUAUAAAAGUGUGUCUCUGAAUUUUUUUGGAGCGCUUUUGGAAAUUGAUUACAAGUUUGCUCUUGGCAGGGGUCCUUGCAUCUGCAACAGUAAAGGAAGCUAGCACACCAUAAUAGUCUCUCAAUCGUUAUGCUUUUUGAAGAGGGAUUAUUGAAAAUGUACCAGCGGUGUAUUAAAGUGUCAGUCUAUGCACCAUAAACACUUCAGUCUGAUUUUCUAAAGUUGACAUUUGCCUGGGUUUCCAUGUGCGUCUCUGGUCCAGAUUUGUGAUCUGUUGUGGAAGGGAAACUUCAAAUAUAUCAAUUUCGUCCAUAUAUGUAGAGAAAAUAAAUUCAAUGCAAACUAACAGAAUUGAUAUUACUGAUGCAGAAAUAGGAACAUCCUUAGUGCUAUUACAGAAGGAGACUGGACAAGAGGCACAUACGUACCAAAAUGUUAUAACAUUUUGAGAUGGCACCAGGGGAUUCCUGGCAUCAUAAACCAUUACAGUGGGCAGAAGUGGUUAUUGUACCUACACAAUCCAUGACGUACGGAGGGGGGGGGGGGUAUAUGUAUGUGUGUAAGUAUACAUACCUUUAUGAACAAAGUCAAGCUUGUACACUUAUUCUGGGUUUUUCAGCAAGGUUCAAAUUUGGCCCAAACUGACACAUCUGAAAAAAUUUACCAACUCUAAUACUUAAUAAAAUCAAAUACAGAUGCAAUCUUAUAAUAUACAUUUUAGAAAACUGAACUUUUAUUUUCUAGUUCUUAGGGUAUGAUGUACCAUUCUAUGGAGUAAACCCUUUCUCCCAAGAAGUUGGUUAUUAAAAUCAUACUAAUGACAGAUUGGAGUAAAUGGAGUGCACAUUUCUAGUAGGAACUUUGUGAUUGCAAACCUGAUUCAUCCACAUUGUGUAAUUUCAGAUAGUGUUUCUUUGGAUUAUUUGAUUUUGCUAAAUUUUGUCCCAUAUUUUAGAUUGCUUCACAGAAGGCAGCAAUAGUAGAUACAUUUUAAUCUAAUUCAGAGGACGUAUGUCAAAAUCUGAGCACUGAUACGUUUUGAGACCAAUGUCUAGAUUUUGCUGUCCGAAUGUCCCAGCAAUGUAACAAAUAAUAUUUGAUAAAGAACAGAUGUAUUCCAACUUUAGUGAGUAACUGUGUGUAUGUAUCAUAACGUGUGUGUGUGUGUGUAAUAAUGCAUCCAUUUGGCCAAAUGCUGACUUUGUCUAUCCAAUACAAAACAGUAAACCAUGUUUUCUAGAAAAAUCAUGCCAUGGUUUUUCUUUUGCUUUUUUUUUUUUUUUCUUCUACUAGAAAAGUCUGUGUUUAGAAUUAUCGGCCUGCAGGGACAGGGCAUUUUGCACCAGAAUCAUUACAUUAAAGGAAAACUCCAUCGAAUUUUAACUAUUUAGUAGAUAGAACUCCCAAAGAAAACAUGCAUGUUUUAUUUGAAGGUAUAGGAGAAAAGGGCAAUUUGCAAAAGCCUUCCCCUGUCACCUGGCACAGACUCUCUCACUGAGAAGCCUCUGUGAUGGAGCAAUGCGUGUUUGUGUGCAUGUGAUUGUGGCUUUGCAGUGCUUCCCAGUGAGCUAUGGUGCAGUUCACUGAGAAUAGCGGAAGGCACACCUGUUCGAGCAGUGCGCCUGCGAUUUUAUGCUGGCUCUGUGGAGCUGACAGAAGCAUAAGAACCUCCUCAGCUGCCUCAGUAAGAGCAAGGGAGGUGUUUUUUGCCCGAGGCUGGUAAUUCUAGUGAGUUUAAUUUAAAAAAUGAUCAAAAUUUGAAGAAGAAGAAAAAAAACUUGACAGAUUUAAAAUUUUGCAUUGUGGGAUAAAUACAUGUAAGUGUUCAACCAAACUGCAACAUAGUAUCCAGUGCGUAGUACACACUAAGGAUUCUCAUCAUAGGUGAACUUGCUCUCAAGGUCCUACUUUAGAUUUGCAGGUGACGCACCACUGUCAUUUUUUUAAUUUGAAAAAAUCUGUGGGCAGUUUGGACUCCUCUCCAGUUUGUUACUUAUGGUGACAAAUUCUUAAAUUCAAAUCAGUGCUCUCUGAUGAGGCUCAGAGUGAAAGUUUUGCAGUCCAUUGUUCGUCUCCACUUUUAUUCUUCUUAACUCACACAUUUGAUGUAAAAGCUGUUUUUCUAACAGAACUUCAUUGAUAAGGGUGCUUGGAUUAUAUAUUUCCUAUUAUGAUGUAUAUUUGUUUUGUUUGUUUUAUUAGCAGUUUGUAAAUUUGUAUCAGAAUCUAUAUUAGUAUUCCGUUCUAGAUUGUAUCAAAAUUAAAAUAUAAACCAGUUGUGCCCUGUGCAUAUUAUACUUGUGUUGCUAUAACAACCUCUUAUAGAAUGUUUUAUAUUCAAGCCCCUGUUCUUCAAAUCCAAGUAGCGUGGGUGAGUGAGUGAAACAUAUGUAAUACCAUUGUGUUCUAAUUUUUAUUUUUACCCAAACGGCUAUAAUUUUAGGUGGUAUGGAACCAGAUGUCCUGAAAAAAUGCAGCACAUUAUUUUUAUUUAUUUUUUUACAGUAAAAUGUCAGCAUUUUAUUAAUAUUGGACAUGAAUGUUUAAAGAUUUAAGUUUAGGUACUGUAAACUCUACAGAGUGUUGUAGUGCUUAUGAGGCCAGGAGUAAGUAGUCAAACGAUUUUCUUUAGGAACUGUGGUCCGGCUCUCUUCUUUGCUAUAUGUAAACUGGAAAUUUUUGUUCCACAGUGGUAUUAAUUUCAGUUUGUUUUAGUUAACCCCGAAGAAAGAGGCCUAACUGGAUGCCCCUAGGUGAACAGUAAUUGGGAAAACCAUCAACUGACUACUUACUUUGGGACAUUGCAAGAGGACUCUUGGAAUAACCACUAAAGCUUAUUGAUGUAGUUAUGGUGUCGAGACUGACUCUUUAAUGUAAAGGUCGAAAUGUCUGGGUUUGACCAGCAGUGGUAGAAUUUGGCUGCAGUUUCCACAAAGACAAAUUCAAACCACACUUACUAAAAAUUUACGUUUAUGAUGGAAUGCGACACUUCAUAGUCUGAUACCAACUUAGCCUUUACAAACGUGUAUUCUUAACACUAAAGUGUUAAAAUAACUGUUUAGGUGUCCACACCCACCUCUCUGGAGUUAAAAGAUGAGUUAACUUACCUUUUUCUGCCUUUCUGCAGCUGGUUCCGCCUCCGUGGCUGAGAUUUUGAUGAUCUCAGCCAAUCCAAUGCUUUCCCAUAAAGCAUUUGGAGGCUAUUGAGCAUGUGUGACAAAACGCUGUGCUGAGCCAAUCAGUAUCUCCUCAUAGAUAAAUCCAUUCAGAAUGUGCAAUGUGAUACGUAACAAGUUAGGUAGCACCUCUAAAAAUGUCUGCAGGGAGAGGUUACAUAUACCAGAACCACUACAUUAAGCUGUAGUGGUUUUGGUGACUAUAGUGUCCCUUUAAAAUGAUAGUUACUCUAUUGAAUUAACAAAUGACAAAAUACAAAACAAGUUUACAGAAAUAAUAAAAUCUACACAUACCCUAGUCUAGUGACUAUUAUUUAUAUUGGAUCUAGUCUUGGAACUUUCCUGGAGUAUAUUCCAGAGCUUUGAUCAAAAAAUAAGAUUUUAAGCUAAACUCUAAAGAACCUAGGAUAUUCUUUGUGUUUUGGUUGGAGAUGAAUUUACAGAUGCACACUUUUUUAUUGUGUGAAUUCCCUGAUCUUGAUGUUUAAAUACAAAUAUAAUGUCUACUAUACACAGCAUGCCCAGAAAAUCUUAUUUACUGCUGUCUUAUCAAUCUUUGAAUCAUUUCAUUUUAUUUAUUGUAUAGACACCAUUACAGCAUCGACCAUUUGAAUGUCCUCUCUGGCUUGUUACCAGGAGGCAUAUAUAUGGUGCUUAUUAGUGAUCUCUGAUUUAAUUGCACUUGUUACCGUCACUCCCUUAACAAAGGCGUAUAAGUGUUUGUUUUACAAAUCUUUAAUUUUGGUAUGUAUGUGUAUAUAUAAAAUAUUACUUUUGUUAUUUACUUUUUUGGAGAAAAACGAUUGCUUCUACACAUGGAACCACUAACUGCCUAAUUAUCAAUGUGCAUUGCAUACAUUUUUUUUCCUUUCUUUCUUUUGCUCAUUUGUUGUAUUAUUUUUUUUUUUGUUAUGCCCUUUUGUACAAUUUAUUUACCUUCUAUCUUAAGAGAAUUUGCAAAAUGCUCUUCUCUUCUCGAACAUUGUUUAAAAAGAACACAUCUUUUAAAAAAAAAAAAAAUGUGUAUCCUUUAGUGAUAUCUUUAACAGCUACUUAAUUAUCAGUAAAAAUGCACAGCAUCCUGAUUUUGUCAGUGUUUCUUAAAAACCUACUUAAAUCAUGAGAGCAGUGUAAAAAAACAAUAUCACUAAGCAUAAUCAACACAUCCUGUUUAGUUCCAACACUGUUAACAGAGCUCCCAGAAAAUACAUUUAAAAAAAGCUUGCGUUAUAGAUUCCAUUAAACAGACAUUUUGUAGAUCGUUCAGUUCACCCUUCAAGUAUUAAUUUAAAAAAAAAAAAAAUAGUUUUCUUCAUUUUAAUUUAAUAUAUAGCUUAAAUAAUAUAACUAGACCCUCAACUCUACUAACUCAAAUAUAAACUAAACUAAAAGUGGCUUCUGCGUGAUCCUUAAAGUUGAAGGAGAGAGUGUAAUGGGUUAUAACUAUGCAUAGUGCUGAUAACAAGCUGACUUAUUUUGCUGUUUGGUGAACGAUUCAUAUUUUAUGCACUGUUAGAUUAUGCAAUAACUAUAGCAGAAUUUUUUUGGUGUUGAAUUCAUAAUAAUCUGGAUUUCUAUUAUUCAAGAGAUGUGAAUAUACGAUGGGUUUGUCUCGUCUGUUGAUUUAUUAAUAGUUUACAAACCCAUUAUUAGUUUUAUUUAAAUGUGAUCCUAAAACUGGAUAUAGCCUGUUUUGUUUCAUUUAUAAUUCAGUUGUAAUCUGUAGAGAAUACUAAUAGCAUUUGCUUUAAAAUGCAAAUUGACCCUUGGAGAAGGAAAAACAAUAUAUCUUGUACCAUUUCCUCCUCUGCCUCCUCAAAUUUGUCUCUCUGCUUUGAGCUAUUGCAAGUAGUGUUGGUAUAUCAUGCUGCAUAGGUGUUGUUUGGGUUCCCCUCCCCUCACUUUUUCUUUUCUAUAACAUGUGUGUGUAUCAAAAACAUUGCCACAAUAUAAUCUGAAUCAUAAAAUUAUGCAUUAAAUUUUUUAUAUUUAUUUUUUUUUUAUCUAAAGAAUUUCCUGAGUAAAUUUGCUGAAGUUGAAGCAGUAAUUAUCUCAUAUGUUUGAGAAAUGUGACAAGAAAUAAUACAGAUUUUAUUUUAAAUUGUAGUUCAGUAUUUAUUAAAACCAGUUGAUCAAAAAGUGAGAGUGGUGUUUUUUGGUUCUUUUUUGUCAAUCACAAGUUAACUAGGCAACAAAGUAAAAGCAGAGACUAAUGCAGAUCGCUUUUGGUGGAUGGCUUUUGGUUCGUUGACGUUAAGGAAUAAGUUGCAAUAUAAAGUGCAUUACAUGACGAAGAGUCAAUAACUAUUAUAGUGUGUUAAACAUCACUUUCUAAGACUGUCAAAAGGCAGAGAUUAGAAUACAACAAUUAUAGUUACAAAAGCCACCCAUGACAUCUGCAUCAGUUAGAAUCUUCUCGAGUGAGGGAUAGAAAGGAGAGAAUAGUCAGAGGUAGAGGGGGAAAAAGAGAAGGAAAAAAAAAAACAGAGCGAAAGAUGAGCAUAAAGGAGGAAGGAGGCAGGCGGUGGGAGGGAAGGCCAAACGGCAUCCCCAGAGGAAUAUAGGUGAACCUACAGAGCAGCAGGUGUUUAGCAGGGUAAUAUGCAGUAUGGCAGGGGACUAAGGGAUCAGCAAGGGUGGUCCUUUAAAGUGGAGAUUAACUUUGACAUGCCCACCUCGCCAUCUAUUUCAGUCGCUUAAGUCGCUACCCAGCCAAGGCUCCCACAUCUUUUCAAAUUUCUUAAUGGUUCCACUAGUUAUAGCUGUCAAUUUGUCCAUGAGGCAGGCCUCUUUAAAUUUUAUAGAUGACUAGGGACAGAGUGGGCGCAUCUGGUUUAAACCACAUUUGUGCAAAGGCCAGUCUAGCUGCAAAUGUUGUUUUAUUUGAGAGCCUUUGUUCUGACCUCAACCAGUCAUCUUUUUGUCUGGAAAGUAAGAAGACCCAAGGGUCUAAAUCAAUUCUUCAGUGAAAGAUCUGCACUGCUAGGUCCCCCACUCUCUGCCAGAAGGCCUGCACCACCGUGCAUUCCCACCACAUGUGGAGUUAUGAUCCCAUGCUGCCACAACUCCUCCAACAGAAGUCGUUGGGUGUUUUUUGCAUUUGACAUAGCUAGGCCGGCAUAGUGUACCACCUAAACAUAGUUUUGUAUGCCUGUUUCUGGGCGGUGGUACAAAUCGAGGUUGUAUUGUUGGCUUCCCAGAUUUCCUGCCAUUCCACCCCCUCUGUUUCCCACUGUUUUUAUAUAGGUAAGUUUACCCAAUUCUGUCGUGUUGGAAGUAAUGUGAGUAUGUAUGGAUGAUAUCAUGCCUCUGUGGAUUGAUUCCUUAAGGCACCAGAGAGAUAAUGCUAGCGUUGGCAAUUUCUCUAAUUGGCAUGCAAAAUCUUUAAACUGGAGGUUGCCUUCUUUUGGAUCAACAGCAAAAACAUAUGUGAGAAAGAAUGAACUUGAUGGACGCAAGUCUCUUUUCAGCUAUGUAACUAUGUAAUCUAAAGAAGUCACCAACUUUGAGCGUUGCCCUCUCGGUGAGUUCAUCAAAGGUGACUAUUCUAACCCCCACAACCAUGUGACACAAUCGUUGGAGACCUGCACAUUCAAAGCUUUUGAAAUCUCAAGCUCUCAUGCCAGGAGGGAAGGCUCUGUUUCAGAGCAGGGGCAUCACUGGGGUAGGAAGUUUCGCUAGAUUGUAUUUCACCGCAUAUCUGUCCCAGAUCCGUAUUGAGUUCAGGAAAGCCCUGUGUUCCUUAGCCAAAUAUAGUAUUGGGGGAGAUCCAAGACUGUCAUAAGUACUUCCAGGUCUACCCAUCGUCUCUCAUCCGGACCUUUCCUAAAGGUCUUGAAGUAGCUGCCGUCAAAUCCGUCCGUGGGGCUUUGUUGCCUUUCAGGGAUGAUAUUGCUGUGUCAAUUUCGUCUUCUGUUAUUUAACUCUGUUUGAGCAGCCUCCUCGUACAGCUUCGGGAGGUUCAUCUGGGUGAGUUAGUUGCGAGUGGCAUCCACUACCUCAUUCUGUUGUUGUGGGAGUCUGAUUAUAUAGGGUUUCAAAGAAUUCAGUAAAGACUCUAGCAAUGUCUGCAGGGGUGGUCUGCAUGUUCCCUUGUUUGUCCUUGAUUCUGGUAAUGUGCGGGUGUCUCGGUCUAGGUCUCAGCAUUCUAACAGCGAAUCCAUCUUAUUCGCUUUGUCAUAGUAAUUUCUCCUGGUCCACGUAAGGGACAUAGCUGUAUCGUCUGCCAAUGUGUCCCGGACUUCUAAGCAUCUGAUUCAUAGUUCUUGUAGGAUGGCCAGGGUGGGAUUAUGUUUGUGUUGUUCUACCCUGCUUAGGGCAUUAAAUUGGUCCUUUUUAUUUUUGAGUUUUCUCUUUCUUUUUCUUUUUCAUUGUAGCUAAUUUGACCAGGGUCCCUUGUAUGACCCUCUUAUGAGCUGCCCACACUGGGACGCCUUCAGUUGCGUUUAGGCUAAAGUCCUUCUGAACAGUUUCAACCACCGUCCGAUCCCGAAGUAGGGGGAUAUUGCGUUACCAGUUCCAUGGGGUGGCGGCGGUGAGGUUAUCCAGCGUUAACGUUAUGUCGGACUAGGUAAUGGUACCUACAUGUGAUCGGGUCGCCCUUGGACCAGCCGUGUUAUUAAUUAGGAACAGAGCUAUGCACGAGUAAGUAUUAUGGGGGGGCGGAGGGGAAUGUGUAGUCUUUAGUUUCUGGAUGGUGUGCCCUUCAGAUGUCAAGGAGUCCAGUGUUCUAAAUGAAACGAUGAAGUAGUUUCUUGUGUUCCUCUACUUUGAGACUGGGGCUGCCCGCUAGUGGAGCUCCUAUCUAUAGCUGGACUCAGGGCUGCAUUAAAAUCUCCUCCAGUGAUUAUAAUCCCAUGGGGGAGGCUCUGGAUUAGAGCUGCCAGAUUAUCCCAGAAGGUCGUGACUUGGUCAUGUGUGGCAUAAACAUUUACCAGGUGGAUAGUGUGAUAUAAUAGGGUGCCGGUUACUACAAGGAAUCUCCUUUCCGGAUCUGAGACAGCCCGCGUCACUUGAAGUGGGCACCUGGUGUGGAUAGCAAUAGCCACUCUGUUACUUUUUCUAAGUGUUCUAGCCUCAAAGACAGUGUGGUAUACAUGAUCUCUCAAAGUCACAUGAGAAGUAAGGGGCAGUUGCAUCUCCUGUAGGAAGGGGAUAUCAGAAUUUAAUCUUUUGAUUUGCCGAAACAAGAAAUCAUUGAGUCCCUUCACGUUAAGUGAUGUUAUCUGUAUGGACAUAGAAGAUGUGUGUAAGUUACGCCAUGAGAGGGAUCCCCGGCUGAGCAGAGAGUGUUGGAGUCCAUGGGACGGCGACCCCUCCCCCCACUCCCAGGAUUGGGGGGUCUGUAAGUGAGAGUGUAUCUGUUCUUGUCAAUGAGUGUAUGUGUGUCUGUCAUAGAGUAUGUGUGUCUGAGUGUGUCACUGUCUGUAUCUAAGUGUGUGUAUCAAUGUGUUUGUGUGUGUGUGUAUAUGUCACUGUGUGUAUUUGUGAGUCAAGAUGUGUGUGUGUGUGUGUGUGUGUGUGUGUGUCAGAUACAUAUACACACUGACACAUACACACACUGGUGCAUACAAACACAGAUAUACAAACACAGAUACACUUUGAAACAUAGAUGCACAUACACACUGUGUGUCAAGGUGUGUGUAUCUGUGUGCCACUUUCUGCCAGUGUGUUGUGUAUCUGUAUCAGAUUCAUACAUACUGGCACAUACAAACACAGAUGCACACAUUUUGACACACAGAUGCACACACCUUGACACACUCAUACAUACAUAGUCUGUGUAUCUGUGUUUUAGAUAGAUAUAGAUAUCUAUAUCUCUAAUAUACACACACACACACGCACACAUGCACACUGGCACAUACAAACACAGAUAUAGACACCUUGACACACACUGACACAUACAAAAAAGGGUGCACAUUUUUUAUUUAUUUAUUUUUUUCCCUCGGGGGAGGUGGGGUUCCACGAUGUUGAAGUCAAAGGGUUCCACAGGAAAAAUUAAUUGGGUACCCCUGCUUUAGGGAAUCUCAGAGGACAAGGGGACUUUAAUAUGAGCUCUUCUCUGGGGUUCCUGUUAUUAGCUAGUGGGGUUGUGGGUCUGUCUUUCCUGUACCGUGGCCACUCCCUAGGUAGGUGGUUCGUGUUGGUAGUAGGUCGCAGUAGCUGCUUUGGGAGCUGAAGCGACGGCUGUUUGUUUUUUUUUGGGGGGCGGGCAUCACUCUUACAGUGGCAUCUUAUGGUAGUAGGGAUGGGCUCAUUCCCAUCCGGGAUCUUUAACCCCCUGUGCUAUGUAGUUGAGGGAGCAUAUCCUGGGCUAAGGGAUCUGGAUGGGGGGGGGGGGGCUGUAACUUGUAAACUACCCAUUGUCCCCUAUAGCCCUCCACAUGUGUUUCUCGUAGGACGCUAUUGCACUCCGCUGUUCAAUAUGAGUGGGGGUAUGGAAUGCUAGGGUGGGCAGACAGGGGAUCUCUCUGUUCGGGUGUAUAACCUUUCUCCUCUGCCCCUGACUCCUCCCUGCAGUGAUUAUAUGAGGUGUAAGUCCCCUCUCAGCCACCCAUGGCAUCAGAUUUCCAUUACCCUCCCAUCAUACAUUAACACAUCAUACUAAGCAUAACUAUUUAAUGUUCUCUUGUGGAGAGCUAAGGGGCCCCAAUAUCGGGUCCACUCCAGUGAGCGAGGUGAACUGGGCCAAGAUCUGCGAAUGCAACAGAGUGUGUGUGCCAUCACCCGUUGGGUUAGUCCACCUCCACACCACCCCCAACAACAUUAAGCCACUAUACAGCUGAAAUACCAGAAGCAUACAGAAGCGUUUUAUGUGAAGAGCUGCAGUCCAUUGAGCAUCAGCCCUCCAACUCCCUCAAUCUGUUCUCAAUAAGCGGGAGUCAUUCCGCAUCACCCACCCACAUGCACCUUCAAGUGAUACUCCGUGUUAACUCAGGGAGUCCCACAAGUACUGGAUACGGCCCAGGGGUGUGCACUCGCUCGGCCGAUGUCCAGACCUGGAACCGUGUAAGUUAGUGCAGUAAACUUAAGAAAUAAAGGUGCACUUCUAUAGGGUAGGAUAUAGCAGAGUCCCAGAGUGUGCUGACCACUACAGGCAUCCCAGGCCCCCACCCCCCCACUAAAAUUUCAAGGGCUGUUAGCCCCGUGUCCCCUUCAAUAUUAAUGCUCUCCAGUACCUAUACCCCAAGGGGUCACGUGGAGGCAGCGUUCUGUAGGCCUCUAAUUUCCAACAGUAUGCCAUGGCAACUCCGCCAUGUCCGGGGAAGUCGGUAGCUGUACGGUUGUCUGGAUUCCCAGGCUAUGUUGGAAGGCUGCUGGGUCCCCCUGGAGAUACAGGACGUGUGGAUGGCCAUCUUUUGAAGUGAGUAAGCGAAAAGGGUGCCCCCAGGCACACUUGAUCUACCUCUGUCAGAGUAUCUCUGUAAUGGGUCUCCAUCCUUUGCGCCUCUGUAAGGUGAUAGGUGACCGGUCUUGAAAGAGUGUCAGUUCGGCACCUUCAUGUAUAAUUGGACCUUCUUUGCUUCUUGCCAUAAGUGCUUUCAUUGGUUUGGAAGUAUUGGAACCGAAUUAUCACAUCUCUGGGCUGAGUUGUCUGCCUGUCUAGCCCUAAGCGCUCUGUGUUCCCUGUCAACGUGCCACAGUUUGCCUGGUAUAUCGGUGCAUAGAGGUCUCAGGAUGGUCAGUACUACAUCUGCUAGUCGGUCCUCAGCAACCCUUUUCAGGGAGACCUCUGAGGUGUAGAUUGUUGCGUCUCGAUCUGUUCGCGAGAUCUUCUGUGGUGGUUUCAUGACAUGUAAACAGACCGUCAGGGAUGUGACCCGGUCCGUGACUGCAUUGUGGGCCGUCGCAGUUGUUUCCAGCCUUUGUUCCAGGGCGGCGGUUCGCACACCCAGGUUGAAUAUGCUUUUAUAAUGAGCAAAUUACGUCAAUACUUACUUUAUGUGGCAGUUUAUUUCUGGUUUUAUGCUUUAAUUUGUUAUUAAUGUACACAAUUGACUAGGUUCCGAAGUAUUCAAUGCAGGGCACUGCUAAUGUUGAUGUAUGCAUUCCACAAAACCUGAUGAUCCCCAUACAUGCCCUUCAGCAUGAGCAGGUCAGUGCUUUUCUAGUCAAUGUAAAACAAAUUAAUCACAUCCUAUUUCAUCCACUUGAAUGAUCAAUAUCCAACAGUUUGAAGCAAAGGUCAUCUGUAAAAAGAUCUAGCUGUAUGAUUUGUAUGUUUGUUUCUCUUCGUAUUUGGCAAGCUAUACCAAAAAUAAAAAGAGAUCUUCUUUAUGGAUGUAGUGCUCAUUCAGCAAAUUAUUAGUCUGAAACGUUUAACUUCUAAAUAUUUUAUUGUCUUUGCUUUAGAAUAUCCAACUGGGAAAUGACUAAUUACAAAGUAUUACUCCACACAAUACUGCUAAUAGACAUACCACGACCGAAUGUAUUUGUGUAUACCUUUUUAACAAAAGUAAUAUAUGAGCCUCCAUGUCUGUUUGCAUGUUAUGGGUUUUUUUUUGUGUGCAUUUUAAAGCAAUGUGACUCAUUUGGGUUUGGUUUUUUUGUAGAAGGGCUUAAUAUUCUCACAACUACAUAUUUGUUUAGGUGCUUGCAUACUUCUAAUUGCAUUAGCACAUUUACUGCAAAGAUGGCUGUAAAUGUCUGAACCUCAUCUUAAGGUAUUUGGAACUCCUAUGUCUAUAUGCUGGAUGUGGGCAGAAAACAAACGUUCAUCUUCAAUAUUUAAUCGAAAGGGACAUGAUCUAUGCAGGUUCCAUUAUGAAAGAAUAAAGUUAAAAUUCAUGGUCCCUGUCAAUGCCCAGCUUAAGAUCACAGGUUGUUAAUUUUUGCUAAUCAAGCUUCAUUAUGCCUCAUAAUUAUAUGAAUGUGAGAACUGAUUUCUGAUUUUCAGCACAAGGUAUAAAAGAGGGAAUAAAUUAUGUUCAAGGAGCAGUUAAAUAAUUAUUACAGCAAUGCCUGUAAAUAAGAGAUUGCAUGCCCAUGUGGAAACUGUUGGAUUACCAGCUCCCUCUUUAGAGAGACAGAGUCUGUGUGUUUGUUUUGUAAUGACUUGCUUAUACCUUCCUCUAAAAGUUACAUUAAUGGAAACCUCCAAACCGGAGUUGUCCCAUAAUUUAAAGGAGUCUGGAGUACUCUGGUGCUGUCCUAUUCAGUGUUAACAUUUUUUUUUAAUGCUAAAUGUGAGUCCGCUGUGCUGCUUGGGCUAAUUGCCUUACCCAUACUGCCAGCUGGGCUGUGGAUAGAUCCAGGGAACUCCAGGCACAAGAACCAAUUUAAUAAGAUGAAAUCGUUAGAGUGCAUAAAGACACCCAGACUGCUUAAUUUCACUGGAAUGCUCUGGGUGCAGUGGCCCUCUAGUUUUAACCAGUGUAAAAUAUCGAAUGUUUUAAUUGCAAAGUUAACACACCUCCAGUGGCUCUUCCAUGUUAAGAACAGAGUUAAACUGUUCUCAAUCAAAUGCUGCUCCUAGAGCCGGAGUUUGAUUGGUUCAGUGCUUUGGUUCACAUGCGCACUUGUGCCCCUCCCCCAGUGCUUCCCCAUUGUGUUGGCUGAGAUCAUCCCAAUAGAGGAUCACAGCAAAAGAGGCAGGACCGACCGCACGGAGAGCAACACAACAACGCUAAGUUAAACUUAUUUUUUAUUUUUUCAGCCUGGAGGUGUCAUAAAGUUGGUGACUAUAGCAUUAGGAACACUUGUUUGUAUUUAUGUUCUUGUGUCCCUUUAAAUAAACACUCCAAGCACCAUUGCCACUACAGCUUGCCUUUAUGGUGUCAGGAGUGUGCUGGCACACGCCACGCCAAUGUAAGCUCAGGAUUGCUAACAGAGGUUCCAGCUUAUGAACUUCUCUGUUGUCAGGAGUGGAGGUGGAAAGCAGCACUUUUCAGAGGCCAUGUAAAACGUCAAACCAAAUUAAAGAACACUAUAAUCACCAGAACCAAUGCAAGUUAAUGUAGAGGUUAUGGGGUUUAUAGCCUGUCCGUGCAUGCUGAACAGUGUAAAUGCUGCCUGGGGAGUCCUGAAUCUAACUAGGUACGCUAAAAGUACUAACAGUGGAGCAUUAGGAAAUAUAUGCUUGUAUUCCUAAUGCUAUAGUGUUCUUUUAAAGAAUAUACAAAUUCCUAUUAGAAUAAAGAGUAUAAUAAGGAAUAGUAUCUUAAAUUAAAUACAGCUCCUGUGUAGCUUCUGCAAAAUAUACUAUGCAACAUAGUUGAGCAUGUGAAAACCUUUUUUCUUUUUUUUUUUUUUCUUGUUCCUCAAAAAAUGUAGGUUUAUUUUUAAAUGAUGCUUUAUGUUGAGUAAGCUCAAACUUAAAACUUCAAAUAAGAGGAAAGAUAAGAAUAUAAAUUGGCAACUAGAUGUUCUAUGCAUAGUAGACAAGACCGCAUAGUGAAUAUCAGUUAAAUCUGUUUUUAAAAUGUUUUUGAAAUACAAUCUAUCUUGACUUAAGUGUGAUUUAUAAUAAUAUUUGAUAAGGGGAAGAGCUUCAACCAGCUUAUGCUGCAAUAAAUUGCCAUUUCCCAUCUACUUUUCUAGGUAACAACUGAUUGGAGCAAGCAUCUUCUUGAGCAAUGUGCAAUAGAUACCUAUGGCAGGUCAUUGCAUGUGUGUUAGAACAUCUAUGGAUCCCCAUUUGUACUCUGCUAGAGUAGAGGUGCUCAAAAGGUAGAUCACCAGAUGUUGUAGAACUAAAACUCCCAUGAUGCUUUGCAUGUCUUUAAAAUGACAGCAUCAUGGAAGCUGUAGUUUUAAAACAUCUGGGAUCUACCUUUUGGGCACCUCUGCUCUAGAAUAUCCAAGACUGCACCAGUACCACAAGAUUUUUGGAAGUAUAAUUUUCUGCUGUGAGGAAAGAAUAGGGGUAGUUGUAUAUCAGCAUUCAUUUUUGUAAAUCAGUGAGGUUUUAAGGAAGUGUAUAAAACUAAAGGACUAAUUUCCACAUGUAAUUGGGAUCAUCGCUACCUAAUGUUUUGUUUACCUGUGGGAUAUCAUACUUUAUAAUGGAGACUAUCCAAAGUAUAGAUUUACUUAUUUGUUAGAAUUAUGUGUGUGUUUAAAUAUUUUCCACUGCCUUCUGAAUUCGUUUUGUCUGUAGCCCAUAUAAUAACCCACACAGGGAUCCUUCCAAUAACUGCAUUUGACCAUUUUCGUUGUAAGGUUAAACCUGGCGUUAUCUUACAAUAUUUCUGCAGAGUGUUAAUUUCUCUAUUAUAUUACAAUAUAAUAAUAAGAGAGAUUAUACUUUUUCCUGAGUCUCUGGCUGAAAUAUCUUAAGCCUCAGUGUAAUACACUGCAAUUUGUAAGGACUAUAAAUACAGUAAUGAUUGAAUGCAGCAGUGAAACAAACUGCUCUAAAUGAUCUCCCCGUUGUAUGUGCAAGGUGAUUCUCAAAAUGCAAGUUCAUAGUCUAUAGUUAUGUGUUCUUGAGUCUUUUAUAUGUGCUUUACAGAAAACCAUAAGUAUUCAUUGCUUUAUCUUCUAAAAUUUUUUUUUUUUUAUUGGAGUCUCACUGGUGAUCUGUUCUAAGCUUUGUGCUUUGUUAAUGGAAUGUCCAUAAGUGUUCAGAGCAUAUUUCAUUAGGGUGUGCUCCCAAGGAAAUCUUUUCUUUAUAUUGCCUGGUAAUGUACCAAAAUAGGUUUUGAAAUUUCAAACCUGAUGUUUUUCAUCUGAAACUGCCCUAUAUUAUCAUUUAUAAACACUUCUUAUUUCCACCUAAAACUAUCCUUUUCGAAAGGACUUUGCAUGAUGAAAAAAGUGUUACUGUAAUAUUUACUCUUUAAGAGCCUAUAAAGUCAGACAGCCGAAGAACAGAAUAUACAGUCUCAGAUAUUUGGCAGAGAAAUAUGGAAUGGUCAAAUUAGAGCUCUCUAGCAAUGAGUCCUUCUCUCAAAGUCUUUGAGAGAAAAAUCCAAUGAAUCUCUAGAUAGCAAGUAAUAGUAAGGAGAAGUAAAGUGCAUGGGAAAUAGUACACAAAAUAAAAUAUUCUAAGCUGAAAAGGUGAGGUAUUUAAAAUAUUGCAUAAUCUAGAAAGAAUAACUUCUGUAACCUAAAGCCUGACUUCCAUCUUAAGUGAGGAAGGGAAUUGUCCUGGAUGUAUGGGGCAGUUGGAUGUUUAUUUUUCUUUUGAAAUUAGCCAUUUGAUCAAAAGACAAGCUAUGCAGUAAUUUUACACUCUAAAGCACUUAAUGAAGCUGGAAUGCUUGCUUUAGGGAUUUGACGUGUUCGAUUAAGGAGUCUAUAUGGGAUAAAUUGUAAGGUUGGCAAUGCUACUGUCCUUGGGGGGAAAAAAUAACCUUUAGGCUAUUCUAAUGGUGCUUAAAAACAAACAGAUUAAUGUUGCCUUCAAAGUACACCUGUACUAUAAAACAAGUGUUGUUGUUUUUUUGUAGCAUUUAUAGUAUACAUUUGCAUACUUUUGGCAUUGUCUAACCCUAACCUACAUAUCUAUAGCUGUGAAAGAAAAGAGUUUUUUGUGUGUGAUGUAUUUUCCUUUUUACUAUUUUUUUUUUUGGGGGGGGGAUGAAGCAAUAAAGAGGGUUUGCUUUGGGAAACAAAUACAUACCAUCCUAGAAUACAAGAUCACUGCAUGUCUGGCUUUUGCCUUACGUUACUUAUGGAUGACUUUAUAUCUUGAGUUGUCUGGGAUAAGGUUACGUGAAAUCUUGGAUUAUGUCUGUACAGUAUAAUAGCACCUUUAGACUGGUAUGGUAUCAAUUACACUGAGCAGAACAUGUCAUCUUCAGAAACUUGUCUCUUCUAGUUUUUAGGUUACUUUUGGGGGGUGGUGGGGUUUGAUUUUUAUUUUAUUUUUUGUUUUGCUUUUGAAUUUUCUUUCAUUGUGUGUAUUGUUUUGGACAAGGUAUGUUUGCUUACAUAAUGCAAAAUAUAUAAAACCUAGCAUUCCUUACUUGUUUGUGUUUGAUCUUUUGUUUUUAUUUUUUUCAAUGUCUUAAUUUUUAUUGUUUUUGUGCGAUGUCGCACUGACAACAAGUAAAGGGGGUACAGAAAGGAAAAAGGGGAAGGGGUAACAAUGAGUUGACACAAUCUUCUGUUACAUAACAAAGCUUUAGCACAGUUGACAUCAUACGAAGGAUGAUAUAUCUAACAUCAAUUACACACCAAUAUGAGGUUACUGAUUAGGUCUAGAAUCUACCAGUUUCAAUGGAGGCUAACGUGAGUAUCGAGGGAGAACUUGGGGGGUUCGCCUGCCUGACCUGAUCAGCUCACGAAACGGGAAGAGCACCCCUCCUCCCCUACCAGCUGAGGGCCCUCAACCUGGAACGCUGUGUGCACGUCUACUUGGGUAUUGGGUGGUCUGCGAGUGCUCUCAUCUAGAGUAUUUGUGUCACUGAACGAGGUAUCCCUCCCUCUACUCCUCAGUCCUCUAUUUACUGGAGCGUGUUGACACCAGCUUACCCAUAGUUUUGUGUGUUUGUCCACCUUGGAGCGCAGCCGGAAUGCGAGACGCUCAUGUUCGUAUGUCGUGUGGACUCUCUGUUUCACCUCUUGAAUGUUGGGGGGAUCUUGGUUUUUCCAUCUGCUAGCUAUACUAGUCUUGGCGGCUAACAGUAUGUGGUAGAUAACUACCUUGUGUGGCGAGACCAGUGUUCCUGCUUGAAUGUGUAAAAGAUAGCAUUCUGGACGGAGCGGGAUGGAGUUCCCUGUAAUUUCUUGUAUUAAAUUACUAACCUGUUGCCAAAAUUGAGUUAGUAUCGUGCACUCCCAAAAGACAUGGAGUAAGGUGCCCACCUCGACUCCACCUCUCCAACAUUGUCGUGGAACAGUAGGAUAUAUUUGGGCCAGGCGGGAUGGCACAAGGUACCAUCUCAUCAGUAAUUUACUAAAGCUCUCCCAAUGUGAUAGGCUGUGCGAUGAGGCACGUGUGUUUUGGAUUACCUGUAACCACAUGGGUAGGGGGAAUGUGUUGUUUAGGUCUCGUUCCCAUUUUAACAUAUAGCCAUGUUUAGUGGUCCUAUCUACAUCAUUGAUUGCUGAAUAGCUCAGAGAGAGGGGUUUACCUAUGGAUUUAGUGGUUAUACAUCGUCGCCCAAAUGUGGUAAGAUGUUCUGGAUCACUAUGGUGUAUUUUUAGCGAAGAUAGAGCGUGUUUGAUGCGCAAAUAAGUGAAAAGUUCCCUGGAAGAUAACGCAUAUUCGGCUUGUAAAUCAGGGAAUUGUUUCAUGCCCUGUGUUGUGAAUAGGGACUCUACUGUGGUAAUUCCCUUUAUGAAGAUCUUUUGUUUUUAGACGCUCAGCUUAUUCUAGCUAAAGGGAGCUAAAGACAUAAAUCUAUUUUGAUCUAUAAACUCUAUCACAUCUACUGUUACUGAUGAACCAUCCCAACCUCUUUCAUUUUAAUAAAUGCCUCCACUAAAUAUUUUCUCAAACUAUUUUAGAAUUGUGACCGUUGCCAAAAUGUAUUGAGCUGGAAACCCUUUUGUUCUCAUUUGUUGAAACGUCGUCAGAAUCUUGUAUAAAAUUGAAAGACUGUGUAAAAAAAGCCUGAACAAAUCAGCUAAGCUCCCUGGAGUGGGAAGCUUACACAAUCCUACGUGCUGCUGGUUAAUGUAUUCACUGAAACAGAGUGGCUGGGUUGAGUCAGCUGUUUUCAGAAAUUCACUGGCAAUCUGCCUCGUUUUAUUUGUUCGCUUUUGUCCAAGCGGAAUGCAGGGGAAUAUAUUAUUAGAACUCUGCGACAGGGUCUGUACACUUCCUUUUUCAAUUGGCACAGAAGAAGCAAAUGUUUUUUGUUUAAGGUUAUGCUUUUAAGUUGCACAUCACAAUGGGAAGUAGAAAUUUGUCAAGCUUUUGGUUACAAAGUGCAAAUCUAAAAAAUAAAAAAAAUAUUCUCUAAUAAGGCAGAGGAGGAUGUGCAAAAUCCUACUUGAUUUAACCAAUAAAUAACUUGUAAUGAUUUUUUUAGGACUUGUUGAAGAAACAAUUUCUGUUGUUUGAAAUUCCUUUGUCACAUUUGGCAAGUUGUCGUGUGUGUGUUGGCGUGUCUUGGAAUUUUAAGCACAACAUUUGGGAUGUUUUGAAAGCUGAAAUUCAUUUAUGAUUAAGCACAGCAACAUUUUGAGAUCCAUCCUAAAAUACUGAAUAAAUUGCAUCUGCAUUCCAUGAACUUAUGACAUGUGAGAACACUCAUCUAGCUUCAGUAACACUUUGCAUCACACACCAGGUGCACUGUAAAUAAUUCCAGCCUUUAGCGAUUCUGUCCUAAUAAAAUGUAAUGGAGUUAAAUGGCUUUAUUAAAUUCGCUAGCUAUAUCCCUUGAGGUGCUUGGAGUAUGCAUAGAAUGCUGCUUUAAUGGUAUCUGCUUAAAAUGGGUAGAUGUAUUUUGUAUGUUGGUUGGUUUGUAUUUUACCACUUUGGAGUCUGAAUAAUAUACUGCCCGCCUCACUGUAACAGUUUAGUACUGUAUUUAUUGAAUCAGACAGCUUGUAGAAAACCACAGUUUAAAAUUGAAAAGCUGGCCAUUGUGAAAAUGAGUAUUCUGAGACCGAUUCAUACCUCCCAAUAUUUCAAAUGGACAAAGUUGGAUACUUUCAUUUUUGGAGUGUGAGUGGGUUGUUGCCAGGAGCUUGCUUUCUUGAGACAUUUGUGGGUCUUAUGAAUAACAAUUUUUGCUACUGAAAUGUGAUUUAGAACAAUGUAUCUUUUUUACAUGACCAAUUUAUUGUUUAAAGACUCAUUCUUUUAGUAUUAUUGCUGUACUGUACAGCCCUGCUGCACACUAACAUACCAGCAUAGGCGUGCACAGCACAUUUAGUGUGCACUUGGAAAUUCUCUAAAAGGCUGUGUGAGUGUAAGGUAACUGUGUAGGGUGGCUGUAAGUGUUGUAGCUGUCUGUGUGUGUGAUGUAAUGGCUAGCUGUGAGAGAUAUGUUUGGGUCGUUAAGAGCGAUCUGCGUUGCAGUGCUUGAUGUGUGGGUGUAUGUGGAAGUGAUGUGUGAGUGAGGUGUUUGGCUAUGUUUGGGUGGUGUGUGUGUGUGUGUGUGUGUGUGUAGCUAUGAGUUAUUUGUGUUGGUAGCUGACAGUGAGGUGUCUGACUAUGUGGGUAGCUGUCAUGUGAUUGAUUGGGAGAUGUUUCAUGGCAUAACAGCCCAGUUUUAAAAAAAAUUUCAAAUUCAGCAUCAUCUUAUGGACUCAAAAAAUUUAAAUAAGAGUCCACUAACACACAAGUACACACAUAUCGAGACUGCAAUCCAUCACCGUGCAUAAUACACCCACACAUGCACAAGCAGGUGCUUUAACAUACGCACACACAAAUAACCAUUUACACACACACAAAGAUAAACACAAACCUAACACAUUCAUGUAUAUCUACACCAAGAAACCCACAUACAUACAUGCACAUUCGCAGAAACUUUUGUAUAUUUGCAUGCAGCCAUACUCUUAGAUAUACACACAUACAAUCACAAAUACACAUUCGGCCAUUUGUGCAGACCCAUUCAGAAACACUUGCACUUCCCCUGUGCUUUACAAUUUGAGAUUAAAAUUAGAUUCCAACCUUUAUUCUCUUAUUAUUAUUAUUAUUAUUAUUAUUAUUAUUAUUAUUAUUAUUAUUAUUAUUAUAUUUAUAUAGCGCCAACAAAUUCCAUAGCACUUUACAAUGAGUGGACUAACAAAUAUGUAGUUGUAACCAGACAAGUUUGAUGCACAGAAACAGAGGGGUUGAGGGCCCUGCUCAAUGAGCUUAUAUGCUAGAGGGAGUGGGGUUAAGUGACACAAAGGGAAGUAAUAGGGAAGUAGAUUGGUAGAAUAGUACUCAUUGAAAACUUAGUGGGGUGUUUUUUUUUUUGGGGGUUUGAGCCAUUAACAGUUUGAUAUGCCUUUGUGAAAAAGUGAGUUUUUAAUGAUCUUUUUGAAGGAGUGGAUAUUGGGUAAGAGUCUAACAGAGAGGGGAAGGGAGUUCCAAAGUUAUGUUGCAGCCUUAGAGAAGUCCUGAAUGCGAGCAUCAGAGUUGUGAGUAUGAACAAAGGAUAGUCACAGAGAGUAGAGGCCUAGAAGCAACAGGAUUUGGCGAUAGACUGGACAUGAGGGGUGAAGGAGAGGUGGGAGUCAAAGAGAACAUCUGGCAACGAGCCUGAUGGCAGCACCAUUAACGUGGAGCGAGACAGAAACAGGCGUAGCAUCACUUGAGGGAGGAAAUACCAGAAGUUCAGUUUUGGACAAGUUGAGUUUAACCCCUUAAGGACCAAACUUCUGGAAUAAAAGGGAAUCAUGACAUGUCACACAUGUCAUGUGUCCUUAAGGGGUUAAGGAAGUGAGCAGCCAUCUAGUUGGAAAACAUAACUCCCUGCUCCACGUUAUUCUCCCCUCCCCCCGUGCCAACCACCCUAGAUGUCCGUAUAAAGUAAAGUGUAACCAUUCCCUACAUAAGGAUGUACUUUGCCUCUUCGAAAUCUCACUCCUGCACAAGCUGGCAUCACAUCACUAGGUGCAGGAUUAGGAGUGCCACCUUCCUAAAAUUGGGGGGGAUCAUUAGAAUGUAUGUUAGGUACUUUUUAAUUUAAGACACAAUCCAUAAAUAAAAUUUACUUGCAGGUUUUAUUUGUUUUGUUUUUUUAUCCAAAACCUGUUUUGUAUGCUUUUAAUCCUUUUUGUAUUUAAAAAGAAUACUCCAGACCCCUAGAACACUUCAGCAAGCUGAUGUGGGUUCACUAUCAAGAGUCUGUCCUUUUAUAAAUUGACCUUAUUACACCCCCUGGUUAUCUAUAAAACACGUCAUGUUACUCUCUGGUUGUUUAGCUCAGUGGUGCUAUAUUCAAGAGCCAGCGACUGACAAAAGCAACUGCCAUGCAAAGACUUCGCAUUAAGCUGCAUUGGGAAGUCUGGCAUUGGACAUAGAAAGUCUGAGUGGGGUUAGAAGUGGAGUGCUUGCAAAGGCUGCAGAUGACUUUUUGCUGUGCCUUGCCGCAAGUUGAAAAAUCAUCUGAUAUGCUUUUAAUAAGAUUUCCUAUAAAUCUACAUUUAAUUUUUAUUUUUUUGUAUGUGUUUUGCAGUAUUCUCAUUUUAGAAUAUUGUUGCAGGACAGCAAUAUAGCUGAAUAUGUUCACACCAGUGGGCCUUUUGUUUAGUUAAAGGUUUGGUGAGCAUAAAUAGCUUGUUUGAUAACUCAUCGAUAGCUAAAUACCUUUUUUGUAAUGUUACAGAUAACAUGUCUUCAAGACUUUUUUGGAGAAGAUGAUGUUUUCAUUGCCUGUGGACCUGAGAAAUACCGAUAUGCCCAAGAUGACUUUGUUCUGGAUCACAGUGGUAACUAAAAAAAUAAAUAAAAAAUAUAUAAAUAUAUAUUAUGUAAGCUUGUUUGAGUUGGGUCGACUUUAUUUUAAUUUUAUUUUUUACUUUUUAGAUGUACAUACAAAAACAUAGACAAAGACAAGUAGAUAGGAUGUAGGGUAUAUUUAGUGUAUUUCUAUAAUUGAUUAUCUGCUAAUCCCUUUUCUCUUAUAGAUUAAUAUAGAGGGCUCAAGGCAGGGGGAGCAUAUAUCCUCUAAACGUUGGUUGCGGUAGAUACGAUUUCAUACCUUUUUUAUAGAAGAUUUUAGCAGGAGAAAAUAGGGAAGCGUGAUCUCAUAGUUAGUUUUUUGAUCCAUUUAUCCCAAAGAGUGUAUCGAGAGCCAACUGGGCAAGAAUAUCUUGCAGUGGUACAUUCCAUUUCACAAUGAGAGACCAUUUGUGAAUGUAUCUCAGGCUCGCUGCUUACUACAGAAGAUCGCAAAUUCUUAGCUAUUGAAGUUUCUCAUCGACUUAUUAUUCCUGCAACAUUUUGUAAUUGUUUCAUCUAUUGUUAAAUAUUUCCCUUUAUGAUAUUGUAAAGAGCUACUCUAUAUAUAAAUGCAAAUAAUAAUUUUAAAAAGUAGUUAAAUUAAUAUAGUUUAUUAAUGUUUAAUUUACAUUGGAUUUAUUUUAUUAAACCACCUAAUAAUAGUUUUCUAUUUAAGAUAUGUUAUAGACAAAAUUAUAUUUGGCAUAAAAAAUUUAAUUCUGUAGCAUGUGGCUGUUUAUUUAAAUGUUUGGUAAACUAAUUCCAUUAAUCCAAGUUAUUUAACUUGUGUCUGCAGAUAUUUUUAUUUUUAAACUGCAAACAUGUUUUUAAAUAAACAUACAAAGAUCAGAAUUUACUGUAAUUCCAUUAUUGUUCUGCAAAUCUAUGUCCACACAAUGAACACCUUAACUUUAAAGGGUUACUUUAAACCUCAUAACCCCCACAGCCCGCUCUAGAGGUUAUGACAGUAGCAGUGCCCUGGCUCCAUUCCCCAGUAUUGUGGCAAACCGUUACAUUGGUUUCCAUCGGGUGCCAAAAAGUCCAGUUCAGCAGAAUUGACAUCCAGCUUCAGAAGCUGGAUGCCAGUCCUGUCACUCAUUUGAUUUGCAGAGAGCAUCAACUUACUCCUCUCAGCCAAUGAAUGAGCACCUGUUAUUAUUUCUGUGUAUAGAAAUAUGCACAAAAGUGACAGUAGCCAGUCCGGGGCUCUGUUCUGGGCUGGCAAAUGAUGUUCCAGUGAUGCUGCCAGAUGUGGAGUUACACUGCAGUAAAAUGCUGUGUAUGCAGACACCAUGACCAGUUCACAUUACUGAAGUGUUCAUGGUACCUGGAAUAAUAACCUAUUAGGUUGUUCUCCAAUCUAUUAAACUGGAGAUGGUUCACCUUGCAAUAAUGUCAUCAUUAUCUAUGUAUUUCUAAUGGUAUAUAACAAAUCAAGUUAUGAUAUAAUAUUCUAAUUUUUAAAUCUUCAUCUGGUUGCAAAUGGUAAAUAUAACAACCAGCAAGAAUGAAUCUUUACGUUUAAAAAUCAUGAUUUAAAUCUAGUCUUAUGUACUAGUGGUUUAAAUUGUCCUGAUAUAAAUCAAAUUAGCUUGGUUUAGAAUGCUUUUUAAAGUUUUUUUGUUUUAUGCAAAGUGCACUGUGCAUCUUCUGUGUUCUAAUUGGGCAUGAUGCUUCAGUUUAUGCUUUUCUUUGCAGAGUGCCGUGUUCUGAAACCUGCAUAUUCUCGUUCCGUUAGACAUUCCGGCUCAAAAAGCCCUGGGUUAUCACGUCGUAGCAAGUCUCCAGCAACAGGUAUGGGAAUGAAAGGGAUGUUUUCAUUGUACAAAUCAUAUUUUAUAGAUCCUGUUGUUCAUACCAGAGAUGUCAUCUUAUUGUGGGUAGUCAAAGAACUUGCAAACUUAACAAAAAUACCUGCUUCUCAGUGGGUGAACUAAAAAAAAAUGUUUACUGGCCAUUCCCUUUGGGGAGAACUUGUAGCAUCACGGAUAGUUGCAGUAUCCAUAUAUAAUAAUUAAAGGGACACAUUAACCACCAGAACCACUAAUGUAGUGAUUCUGGUGUCUACAGCAUGUCCCUUCAAAAGGCAAUGUUUACAUUGCUGCUUAGUAUCACCUCAGAUGGCCACAAUAGGUGCUUACUAGUUCAAUGGUGUACAUUGUGCUGCACUGGCGUUCAGCAUCUCCACACUCUGCAUGGAGGCGCUGAACGUUCCUCAGAGAUGUAGGUGAUUAAAAGUCGCCUAACCACCCGUAAGUCCCUCUAGUGGCUGAAAACUGUAAUAAUUACCACUGCAGGGUUAAGGGAUUUGGACUAUGCACCCAGACCACUUCAAUGAACUGAGAUGUCUGGGUGCCUAUAGAGUGUCUAUUAAAAAAGAAAAAGCCAGCUUAUGGCUGUGUCCCAUCGGGUUUAACACACAUUAGGUGUGGACACUUCUUCGUUCUUUUAGCUUUUGUAAUAAAUAACUAGGUUUUCUAUAAAACUCUAUUUUGUUUUUUAUGAUGUCAUUUGGGAAGUUAAUGAAUAAUGUGCACUAACAUUAUAAUGGAGAACGUCUUUCCAUGAUCACAGCACAUUAAUUUAUUCUAUGAAACUGUUUAUCUUGUGUGUAAAUCAUACUUUGAUAAUACUAUUUAAAUGUUACUCCUGUUGCCGUUUUAUUUAGUUUUCCCUCUGCAAUAAGGCCAUCCUCUAACAGUCCAUGUGGCCAAUAAAACCACUUUUAUUUUACCUUUUAGCACAUUUCUUCCCUUAAAAAUGGGGUUGCCAUAUGUCACAAAUUUUAAUGGGUUUGUCUCAAAUGAUCCUGGUAGGGAAAGGGAUAGUGUCCUAUUUGCACCAGAGAUCAGAAGAUCUUCGAUUCCAACAAAACAUUGUGAUAUAGGAUAGAGCUCCCAGUCUGGAUUUUCUUUCAUAUCUUCAGCAUCAUGUUCUGUAAUUUCCGUGCAUUUUGAAUGUCCGCUUACAAUAAUUAGUAUUCCAGACAGCAUUUUAAUUCAAUUGUUUUUUUUUUUUUUCUCCUUUAGACUGGAAUGGCAUUAAGCUCGGCCCAUAAAGUGGGACUCUCCUUAAAGUGGGACCUGUUCAUAACAGGUCCCACUUUAAGCUCUGCCCAUAAAGUGGGACCUGUUAUUUUACAGAGCAAAAUACCCAUGUUUUGACACUGCGCACUUAUUCACAGUUUUUUUGUGAUGCUCUGUGAGAUGCAUUUGUGCCGUUUUUGGUCCCUCAGCAUUAUCUUAUUCAGUUAGUUUUGGAACCAUUGGCUGUUUAAAGGCACAAACACUGAGCCAUGUAUUCUAGCAAAUGUAGAGUGUAUUAAAAAAUAUAUUUUUACAGCUCUUGUUUUUAUUUUUUUCAGUAAAUUACCUGCUGAUGUGCCUGUGAAUUAACUAAGUUUUUAAGUUUGUUUGAUUUCUGAAUGUGUAUUCCUUAUUAUAUCCCUUAUCCCAUAUAGCGCCAAUUUUUUUUUAUUUUUUUUUAAAAACACCUCACAGGCUUAUCUGCUAAAAAAAGGGCAAGUUCUAUAUUGUAUUACUCUCAGAAAUUCCAUUUACAUAUCUGGAAUAUUUUGCAAUGAUUAAAAAGUUGUGUUUUUGCCAUAUGUAUACAUAUAAUGCAAGUUGGUUAUUUUCGAUAAUCAAUCAAACUCUAGGCCACGAUUUAAAACCAUAUUUUAUGUAAUAUUUUCAUCUAUCGAGCUUUAUUUAGCUACUAUGAUCACUAUCGUUUGACUGUGUUUCACUGUGGCGAUGUCUUCGUAAAAUUGUAUCACAAUUUUUAAACCCUCUAUGAUCACUACCAAAAAAACUGCCAAGAUGUCCAUGUCUGGGUAAGGGAAGUUGAAUUGACUUUAUAGGUUUCCUUGUUUGUGUGAACUUUAGUUCUUAUUAAUUUUUUAUUUUAUUUUUUGGUAUUUGUACCCUUGUUAAUAAUGAAUGCAGGAAAGAGGGGUGGUUACUACACCAGUUCAUAUUCUACAAAAUCCCCAGGUGAGCACUUGUGGUUGUGGCUUUUUAUCUUGGUUUGAUCAGCUCACCUGCUAGCGCUUUGCUUAAGUCCAGUUUCAUGACGCUGUUCUUUUCUACAUCUGUGCUUAAUCAUUAAGGCAUCAUGUUCUACUCCGUCUUACAGCAUUUGGACUAGUGGGUCCUCAAAAGAUAUUUAUAUUUGCAUUGCCCUAUCAAUUCAUAGAAAUUCAGGGACUUGAAACUAAAGCUAUUAAAACCAACCAGUAGGCCCCUAUAAAUGGAUAACUGCACUAUAUAGCAAUGGAGGACCCUUUAGCUGAAAUGCUGUGUUUUGUUUUUUGGGGUCAGGGGGUGUUUUGUGUUGGAGUUUAUCUUUGCUUCUAAAAGUUAAUCCUGUCAUUUUCUCAUGUGAUGAAAAACUGAAUAUAUGUCACCUAAUUAAAUGUUAAAAAGUGUUUUUGUUCACUCGCUAGUGAUAUUUUUAUAUUUUAAAGUGAUGUUGUUUAGCUAACACCAACCGCCUUUAGCACUGGAGCUGCUGUGGCCAACCACACUUAAAGCACUUAAGCUGUGUAAAUUGCAGAAUGAAUAUCUCAAAGGAUCCAGCAACAAAGUAUUCUUCUGGUUCAUCGUAUUGGUUGGCGGGUGGGAAAUUAAGGAAGGAGAGAGUUACUUGCAAUAUCCUUACCAUUUCUUAUAGCUGAAAGACCAGCACUUCUCCAUGGCUCCCAUCACCAAUAUAGGAACCUUACAAAUAAUUCAUAGACUUUAUAGCUCUGCAUAUCUUUCUCAAUAUAACAUGUGCUUAAUUGCAUGUACUUAUCACCACUGCAUACAAAAUGCUAACCAUCAGUUAUUCCACAAUCCCCAUUUUCUUUUUCACCAAUACUUUUAAAUGUAGGUUUUUUUUAUUAUUUUACGCUCUCUUCUAUUGUCCAGAAUAAGCUAGGUUUUUUUUUUCCCGUUUGUCUUCAAACUGCUGCGUUGACAUUGGAUAAAUUGUGCUUUCUCCUUGCUGGUGAUCUCCCAAACCUUAUAAAGGUUUUUUAUAUAUAUAUAUAUAUAUAUAUAUAUAUAUAUUUAUAUAUAUAUAUAUAUAUAUAUAUAUAUAUAUAUAUAUAUAUAUAUAUAUAUAUAUAUGUAUGUAUAUGUAAUAGUAGUAAUAUCAAUUAUCCCAUGUAUACGUAUUUAAUUGUAUAUACUUUUUUUUUUUAACUGAAGAUGUGUUGGUAUUCCUUGCAAAUGGCAUGAAGAAUAUUUACAAACAAGCAAGAUUUAUUCUGAAAACUUUUUUCCUAAAAUUGUAAUAUUAUCGUGAUAAUAAACAUGUGUAUGUGAGUGUGUGUAUGAUAAAGAAACCAUUUUACACUGUUACUCUUAAAUUUGUGUAUUUCUUAAUGUUUGGAUUAUUUAUUUCAGUAAACGGAACUCCUAGCAGCCAGUUAUCCACUCCCAAAUCAACAAAAUCUUCAUGUUCGUCUCCAACCAGCCCAGGAAGCUUCCGUGGUCUAAAGGUACAAAAUGCUUGUUUUCAAGUUUGAAUGUGCAAAUGUUUUUACUUUUUUGCUUGGAAUACAGGGAGUGCAGAAUUAUUAGGCAAGUUGUAUUUUUGAGGAUUAAUUUUAUUAUUGAACAACAACCAUGUUCUCAAUGAACCCAAAAAACUCAUUAAUAUCAAAGCUGAAUAUUUUUGGAAGUAGUUUUUAGUUUGUUUUUAGUUAUAGCUAUGUUAGGGGGAUAUCUGUGUGUGCAGGUGACUAUUACUGUGCAUAAUUAUUAGGCAACUUAACAAAAAACAAAUAUAUACCCAUUUCAAUUAUUUAUUAUUACCAGUGAAACCAAUAUAACAUCUCAACAUUCACAAAUAUACAUUUCUGACAUUCAAAAACAAAACAAAAACAAAUCAGUGACCAAUAUAGCCACCUUUCUUUGCAAGGACACUCAAAAGCCUGCCAUCCAUGGAUUCUGUCAGUGUUUUGAUCUGUUCACCAUCAACAUUGCGUGCAGCAGCAACCACAGCCUCCCAGACACUGUUCAGAGAGGUGUACUGUUUUCCCUCCUUGUAAAUCUCACAUUUGAUGAUGGACCACAGGUUCUCAAUGGGGUUCAGAUCAGGUGAACAAGGAGGCCAUGUCAUUAGAUUUUCUUCUUUUAUACCCUUUCUUGCCAGCCACGCUGUGGAGUACUUGGACGCGUGUGAUGGAGCAUUGUCCUGCAUGAAAAUCAUGUUUUUCUUGAAGGAUGCAGACUUCUUCCUGUACCACUGCUUGAAGAAGGUGUCUUCCAGGAACUGGCAGUAGGACUGGGAGUUGAGCUUGACUCCAUCCUCAACCCGAAAAGGCCCCACAAGCUCAUCUUUGAUGAUACCAGCCCAAACCAGUACUCCACCUCCACCUUGCUGGCGUCUGAGUCGGACUGGAGCUCUCUGCCCUUUACCAAUCCAGCCACGGGCCCAUCCAUCUGGCCCAUCAAGACUCACUCUCAUUUCAUCAGUCCAUAAAACCUUAGAAAAAUCAGUCUUGAGAUAUUUCUUGGCCCAGUCUUGACGUUUCAGCUUGUGUGUCUUGUUCAGUGGUGGUCGUCUUUCAGCCUUUCUUACCUUGGCCAUGUCUCUGAGUAUUGCACACCUUGUGCUUUUGGGCACUCAGUGAUGUUGCAGCUCUGAAAUAUGGCCAAACUGGUGGCAAGUGGCAUCGUGGCAGCUGCACGCUUGACUUUUCUCAGUUCAUGGGCAGUUAUUUUGCGCCUUGGUUUUUCCACACGCUUCUUGCGACCCUGUUGACUAUUUUGAAUGAAACGCUUGAUUGUUCGAUGAUCACGCUUCAGAAGCUUUGCAAUUUUAAGAGUGCUGCAUCCCUCUGCAAGAUAUCUCACUAUUUUUGACUUUUCUGACCCUGUCAAGUCCUUCUUUUGACCCAUUUUGCCAAAGGAAAGGAAGUUGCCUAAUAAUUAUGCACACCUGAUAUAGGGUGUUGAUGUCAUUAGACCACACCCCUUCUCAUUACAGAGAUGCACAUCACCUAAUAUGCUUAAUUGGUAGUAGGCUUUCGAGCCUAUACACCUUGGAGUAAGACAACAUGCAUAAAGAGGAUGAUGUGGUCAAAAUACUCAUUUGCCUAAUAAUUCUGCACUCCCUGUAUAAACUUCCCUGGCAUUAUUGGCAUACUUGUUUUAUAAUUUGAUUUAAUCAGUAUUUAACUUAUGACUGAGAUUGCAAGGUUGACCCAAUAAAGGAUUUAAACCUGCUUUUUUGGAAAAGUCUGUUUUAUGUAUGUUUGCUUCGCAGAUUAUUCUGCAUAUGUAAUGCAAAACCUGUAUUUUCUGCAUUAGGUAGGUUGCUAAAUUGUUCAGAAAGUCCUUCUUUCAUUCUUUUCCUGUAAGGAAGCACAAUAAAAACCCCUGCUGCUUGUGGAAGGAAAUUGACGCUCCAAGCCUGGACAACAGUGACAAUACAAUGUGUCCAGUCGCUAAAGGAAAUCAUAUGCUUUCCAAAUUAACACUAUUCCAGUGAAUUCAGUUAUGUGGAUAAAACACUGUGCUGCUAUGUUCUGUUACAUAGUAAUCAAUACUAGACGUACAGCGAAUUGCUCACUUCAGGACAUUUGAAAAAGUUGGCUAACUUCAAUUUAUUUAUUUCAUUCAAUUUAUUUAUUUCCCUCUACAUUUUGACUAUUCAAUUUUCAGUUCACUACAGAUCCCUAUUUAUUGAAUACACUUAAGUCAUUUUGUAAGGUUUCUGAAGUCCAACAUAUUCUCAAGACUUUCUGAUUUUGCCUUAAUAUAGCAAACGUUUUUCAGUUCAUUGUUUAGUGCAUAUUCGGUGGCACAGAAUGCUCUUAAACCUUUUAGUGCGGUGCAUUUUACAUGCCAAGCGUGGUUUGCGUGAUGCUGAAAUGGUACUAUCUAAUAUAGCAUUGUUACAUAGUUUCUGAUAAAUUAACAGUUUAAAAUGACACUUAUGGUUAAGUGUCCUAGUUUUUAGGAGGCUUAAUGUUAAAGGAGACUUGUGUUCAAGGAAUAUAUGUCUGCAACAUGGUGUAGAUUGUAAUUCUCAUGAUUAUCAGCUAGGCUAAACCUCGUAAUACCAGGAAGAGAACACUGACCUGCUACAAGAACACAUCAUGUAUACAUAGUCAACCAUGGUUAGAAUCAAUUAGCAACAGAGCAUCAUGGGUGCAGGUUAGGGAACUGGAAGUUGGCUGGGUCGAUUUACUGGACACUGUGUGAUGUUUCCACUGAUUGCAUCUGCUACAGAGAAAUGUUGUGGGAGAUACAGUUCUCAAAUCCAUUCUGCUGUACUGAUAGUAAUGACUGUUUGGUAGUUAAUGUACAUCCUCUAUCAUGAAUCACUCAUAAGCUACAUUUUAUUUUUGAAAGUACAUUUGUUUUGUGAUUGGAUCAGUGGAUGGGCCACUUUACUAUUAGAAGCACUUAUAUCUCCCCUCUGAGUUGUAAACUCUAGCAACUAACACUUACCCACACCAUAUGCUUCCAUUUAUUUCCAUUAGUUUACAUGCUCUCUGGCAUACAGUACAAUACUGUAAAAUGUGUUGGUUGUAGGUACUUGCAGAUAAGUGGGGGGUUUUUAUGCUCAGAUUUUGUUUUUAAACCAUUUGUUUUAUGCUCAGAUAGCAUCUUAGAUUUUCUCUUGAUACGGAGAAGAACAAUACCCAAAUUCAUUGCUCAGUAUCCCUGUUUAGUUUCCAAAGGUCAGAGCAAAUACUGGACAGAGAGGCAUAUGUUUACUCUUUUGGCUAUGGAAUUUAUUCACUAAACAAAGAAUGGUGGAUAAUUUAAGAUAGGACUGUAGAAUAGUGUUUUGCAGUAUUUAGUAAUUUGUUAUACCUUGUAUCUUGCAUAUAUUAUUGGUUGUUGGGUUUUGUUUUUUUUUGACUUUUUGUGAAGCAAUCCAUAUUAAGAGUUUGGAUGGUAUCUAUAUUGUUACUUGGCAGCAAGUUUGUCAUUUUUGUAUUAUCAUUGCUUGUUUUGUCUUUGCUUUAUACCAAAUGAGCAGAUAUAAACAGAAGAAACAAAUCUAAAGAGCAAUUUAUGUGUAUAAUAUAAGCCAUCCUGUAGAGAUGGUGCGCUUGACAUGCUAUGGGACAAGUAAAAUAUUCAAUGCAAGGGUUCUGCCCCCCACUUUGGCAUUAUAAGAGAUGAAGCAAGCUGGCAAGUGGUGUCAUAGUGCAGUCUAACAUUUUUAUCAACCCCAUAGGUCCUUGUAGAUGAUUAGUUCACUUGGCUGCGGCCCAGAACAGAAGUAGGUCUGAUAUAAUGAUGGCAGGCACACCUCUGCGACGGACAUCCAUGAAUUGCCCUUGCGGCACAGUUAAUCAGUACUGACGUGCAGUGUGUCUCGAUUCCUCCACCACCUUUCCUCCCCUUUCAGUCUAGAUUGGUGCCAACAGAAACCUCUGUGACGCAGAGUCUGCUGGGUCUAGUGAGUGAUCACUCAGGAACGGCAGGUGCCUCAGUCCUAUCUCCCCGAACUGCAGUGAAAUCCUUCUCUACAUCAAAACCAAAAAUAAAUCGUUUAUUAGUGAUUUAGGGAUUUUCCCUUUCCAAAUGCACUUUGCCUGCUGCAUUACCAUUAUCAGAAUGCUAAAUAGAAUAUACAAAUGAGUGCACACAGCGUUAGGAAUCUAGUUUUCAUGUGUACAUCUAUAAACACUAUGUAGUUCUUUGCAGUAGUUCUUUAUUUUGGAACAAGUUGGUGUCUAGGGCCAAAUGAUCAUUAAGCAAGUGGUUUUUGAGCUCCUAGCUUUCCAUGGUGCAGGAACUGGUUUUGUUCAGAACUGCAUAGCUUUCACCUGUCAGACUGAAAGGAACAUAUAUACAAGGCAUCAUUCAAAGGUGUGCCAUAAUUAUAGGGCCACAUUGUCCUCCAUUGUCUCUUGUUUCUCUAUCUGUGGUCACUAUUACAUGACUUUGCAUUUUCUUGCUGUGUUUUUAGGACACCAACAAAUCUUAGCUGUUUCUGUAUACAGCUAGUUACCACAAGAUUACUUUUUUACUGUUACCUUUUAUUCUUUAUUUCUACCUCUAGUAUUUUUUUAAGAAGAGUUUGGAUUGUAGCCAGCUCUUAGAGCCGUCAGACUCUUAUAAAGGCCUUAAUGUAAUAAGCUCUCUAAACUAUUCAGUGAUGCUAGAAAACAUUUGUAAUGAUUUUAUCUUCAAAAAGUCUCAUAGACUUUUUAAUGGUGACUUCUGUAGAGAAAUCAUUUGGAAAGCUUAUUAAAUAAAGGCCAAAGUUAGCUGUAUUUGCCUACUCAAGGAAUAAUAAACAAGUGUCAAUAGUCAUAUGUAAUCAACAGAGCAAAAAAUCAAUCCAUAAAUAAAAUACACAAUAAAGAGUACUGUAAAUGCAUCCACUGUGACAGAGGGUCUAGAUUUUAAAUUCCAGAUCCCAUGUAAUCUAAUUCUUCUGGUAAUUGUGAUUACAUGCUGCAAUUUAAUGCUAAUGAUUAUCAUAAGCAGACUGCAAGGAACACUAUGAAUGGAAGGGGAACCUCUCUAGACAGGUCAUCUUAAAGCACACUGCCAAAACAAUUGUCAUCUGAAUAACUGGUUUGUUUAUGAUUUUUCUACAGCUGUACAAAUCCUGCUUUGUACACUCAAGACACUUCUGUUUCAGAAGAGGAACAUUUCCAUGAAAUAUUAAUUAUUCUGAGUAAAUGAUAGGGACGUGUUAAAAUGCAAAGUUUCUCAUUAAAUAUUUAUGUAAAUAGAUUAGUGUUACAUUCCAAAUGCAACAAAAAUGUUUUGUUUUUCUUUUUUUAACAGAGGAUUUUUUUUGUUUGUUUUUGUUUUCAUAUCCUCAUGUUUUAUUUGUAUUCAGAAUUCCAUCACAUUUAUCAUGUUCACAAGUGUAGCUUUGUAUUGUGUGCUAUUUAUUUAACAUUUUUAUACAUCCUCAUGUAUUCUCUACUAUGCACUCUAAAACUCUAACCCCAACUCACCACUUUAUCGUUUCUACUAAUAUUUGUUAAAGUAAAUGUUAUCCAAAGUGGUAUCCCAUGGUCUAGUGCAGGGGUAGGCAACCUUCGGCACUCCAGAUGUUGUGGACUACAUCAUGGGAGGUGUAGUCAAAAACAUCUGCAGUGCCAAAGGUUGCCUAUGCCUGGUCUAGUGGCAGUCUAAGGACCAUCACUCACCUUUCCACAGUGUCCUUUUUUGGGAGAACCAGUAUAAACCCCGCUGGAUGAGUGGCCCAGCAUGAUAUUAAAUCUAGCACAUAGAAAUAUUCUGACUUCUCAGUAAUUCUACUAAUAUUUCUGUUUGUAUUUAUGCUAAUCCAGCCAAUGAAAAUUAUUUUAUUUGGCUCGAUGAUGAGCACAACCAUAAUAUGGGUACUGACAAAACUGCCAGACCCCUAUUUCAGAAGAUGUGAGCCUUAUGGGUUUAGAGACAGGAGAUCAGUUUAAAUUGUAUACCACAUUUAGGUUAAUUUCACCUUCCAGAAUUAGUCAGAAACCAAAGCAUGCUUACUGGUGAUUAAUGUAUAUCCUAAAAUUUUCUAUUACUCAAUAUUCAUUGUAGCACAUUUUCCUCAUGCAUAUCCCACUGAUUAAUAGUAUGGGCAAACAAUUUUAGUAUGAGUGCAAUAAGCUUUGCAUUGCUAAAUAUAUAAUGAGCUUCCAGCUACAGUGCCCACAAAGACAUUAUUUGCAACAAUAGCAGCCAAACAUUCACCACUUAUCUUCUCAUCUUUCGGUUUGGUUGUCUUGAGCUAUUGAUCUUCAGUUGAAUAUUUUGUAUUUUCAGAUCCCACCACAUUCUGGAUCCACUUCUAAUGUUAAUGGCCUACCAGAAUUCUUGAAUAGUCCUGAAGGUGAAUGUAUAUAGCUUAUUUAUAUAUGGGAAAUUACCAUUUUAUUUUGUUUGAUCAACUGUUACAAAUAUUAGAUUUUUUAUUUAUUUUUAGAGUAGGGGGUGGUUGUGUUUUUUGGUUGCUCUUUUUUUAUGGUUUUUGUAAAUGUACUGGGGAUGAGGUGGGUGAGCAAAGUGCCAGGUAAGGCAUAAAGCUUCCCUUUAAAUAAUAUAUUAUUGCAGACUGCAUUUGCUUGUUCAAUUGCUUGUCACAGAUUGCACACUGAUCUGACAUUUGUUCCUUUAUUAGGGUUGAAUGGAAAUAGGUACACAGAUGCCUCUGUAAUCCUUGAGAAAUAUAAAGUAGGAAAAGUUAUUGGUGAUGGGAAUUUUGCUGUCGUGAAAGAGUGUGUAGAAAGGCAAGUAUUCUAUUGUACAUCCUUCCCAUGACUGUAAACGAUAUUUCACUGUGCUCCAAUCAACAUAAAUGUGCAAUAGUGGGGGAUAAAAUGCAUUUGAGUAAUUUUAAAGUCUGGUUUGUUUCAUGGUUUCCAGCCAACAUAGAAAACAAGCUAAUCUAUACAUGCUUGUGUGACAUGCAUGUCUAUGCUGAAAAUUACAUUAUACUAAAAGCCUAAGGCAUAUUCGAGAGACUGGAUAUGUGGGUGAGAAGCUGAGUGAGCAUAUUUGGAUUCUUUAGUAUAAGGGAACAUGCUCAAGACAUGCAUAAAACGGGCUAUACGUAAAUCUACAGGUGUCCGGAAGAAGACUAAGAUAAAAGGCUCAUGCAUUUAGGUGCAAACAGAGGUAAGAGUACUGGCUCCCAAAAGGUAUAGACGAGGUUGACUAUUAGAUCUUAUACAGUGAGGUUAAAAAACUGGUGAAACAGAAGCAAUCAACAAUCUAUAGACUGUGCCAGCAGGCAGUGAAAUGACACCACAAUUAUAUGUAUUAUAGAACAGAGUUGGUCCCCUGAAUUCAGCCGAUGUACCUCAUAGAGACUCUGUGUGCAGGCCUGGGAUAGAAGUUGGGGAGCAUCCUCAGCUGCACACUGCCACUCUGCACUGCACUCAUGUGGCACACACAGCUAUAACUCUGCCAACCACUUGUGAAGCCAUGUUCAAAACUGCCUCAACCGUGCUUUUGCACUGUGACCUCUGUUUUCAUGUGGAGUCCUGGUUGCAUGGAUAGUCACCCAGAAGCCCUCCACUUAAUAUUUCCAUAUUAAAUACCAGUUUAUACCUACUACAGAGUAUUUGCAGGAGAUUGGUGUAUGGUUUGGCAGUUUCAUUUAUUUUGUGUUACACUUUGAGAUAUAUAUGUUACACAAAGUAAUGGUAUCCAUUCCUAUUAAUAUGGUUUGGUAGAUACAGCCUGGAAUUAAGCUAUAUAAACAAAUAUCAAACUAUUGUAACUAUACAAGUUUUAAUUAAAUAUCUUCAAUGAGUGAGAAAGAUAUAACAUUAGAGGAGCAUGUAUUCUUGGAACCACUAACUGAACAACGUAAUAGGUAGCGCAUACAUUUUCUUAAAACUAUUUAAUUCAUACAUGUAUGUGCAUAUUAACAAAAUAUGGGCUAAUUGGCCACUUGUUCAUUUAAAAAAUAUAUACGAAGUACAUACUUGUCAACAUCCUAAAUGUAUUAGAUUUUUAAAUACAGUUCUAAAAUGGUUUGUAACUUAAUAUCUUAAAUAAAUGUGCUGAUGUUUAAUUUUAAAUUUAGUUUUAUUUCGUUUUUCAGAUCAACUGGAAAAGAGUAUGCAUUGAAAAUCAUAGACAAAGCAAAAUGCUGUGGAAAGGUAUUGACUUAAUUUUUCUCAUUGUCCUCUAAUGCUGUCUGUCAAUUAUUUCACUGUUUUGGCUAUAACGUAUCCUAGUGUUUACGAUCAUUUGAAAUUUACAUUGGAUGCCAGGCUGUGCCUUAAAAGCUGUAUUAUAAUGCAAAAAAAAAAAGAAAAGAGCAUAGUUUUAGCAUUUAAACAGUGACCUUCCCUGGAUUCAGCAGAUUUAAAGGGACAGUAUAGGCACCCAGACCACUUUAUCUCAGUGAUGUCGUCUGUGUGCCUUGUUUUGUCGUUUUACAGAAACGACAAUGUUUACAUUGCAUGGUUAAAAUGCCUCUUAAAUGACUUAAACUUCAAUCAGAUGCUCUUAUAGGCAUGUGCAGUAGCUUCCCAAUGCUUUCUUAUGGGAAAGUAUUGGAUUGGCUAAGAUCAUUAAGACGAGGCAUGAUCAGGCUCAGUGAGAACACUGUGGAGGUGGAGAAAUAAGUAUCGGUGGAUGACUGGAAGGAAGCAGUACACUACAGUGUUAGGAAUACAAGCAUGUAUUCCUAACUCUAUAAUGUUUCUUUAACAACAGCUAAUAGCUUGUAAUCGCUACAAAUUACCAUGAGCUGUCCAACCUUAAGCUUGCUUACAACCUGUUUGAUAAAUAGCUGCCUUAAUCUGCUGCUAUUUUUGAUAGCCGGUAGCUUGUAGUGGCUAUUGAUUACCACCAGGUUUCCUACUUUGAUGAUACAUUUCUGCAAUUGCCACUGCAGAUACCAACCACUAGAAUUUUUAGCAGCUUGCUGGUAAACCACAGAAAUACACACCUGAGCAUGCACACUUUACCCUAAAAUGGCCAGUAGUAAUCGGUAAAUAUGGGAUGCCUGCUGGAAAAUUCUCGAUUCAGGACUUUUUGAUACAAUGUAUAGAGUUAUAGCUGUCAUAAACCUCUUUAAACCUUUUUACACUGGAAAUGUACAAACUUCAACAUAUAGGAAAAGUACAGAUGUGAACUAAUUGGUCAUGGCUACCAGCCACAAUUCCUUCCAUCUCAUUAAAAGUAUUGCAGUUUAGCUAUUUGUUAGACUGCAUAGAAACUGUAUGUAUGUACGACAAUUUUAUAUUCAUGUACUCAGUGGUGUAUCCUGGUUUUGUGCUGCCCUAGGCAAUAUAAUAUUGUUCAAUAUAUUGUUCAUUUUUGUUUGUAAAAAAAAAAAAAAAGAUAAGCCAAUUUAUAUUCUGCUAUACUUCUUUACCUCUUACAGUAGACCGUUUAACCAGAUCAAGUGAUAUAUUAAAAAAAAUUUUAUUAUAUGGGGAUAAAUAGUUAGUCCCUGUAAUACAGGAAAAUGAACUUUUGCCCAGAAGGUGUCCACAAGUUUAUUUUUAGCAGGGAUGCGAAAAGCAAUUUAGAAAACCAUGCAUGGUUAAGGUAUAAUGGGUUGUUUACAAUCGGUUCCAGUCUGCGUAAAGCCUGUGAAUACGCAUGUAAGAGUCGAUGUUUUAAUCUUGUUAACGUGUUACCAUGGGCUUUUUCUAGCCUUGGUUAUGAUUCCUGCAAGUGGUAUUUGCAUCACCAAUCAUGCCCAGUAGGGUUUUUUCCUAAUGAGUCUCAUCUGCCAGCGGGGUAUUAUGUUAUGCCCAAUAGGGUGGCUAUUUCAAUUGAGUCUUUUCAAGGGUGAUUCUUUUCAAAUGACUUGGUUAUUUUAUACUCAGGAUUUUAGAUAUAAGUUAAGAUAAAGAUAAUAUGGGGAGUAUAUUAAGGAUAUUCAUUUUUGAUUGCGGAGGGGUAUAAUAAUAGGAACUAUGAUUAAUUCAGUUGACUAGUGAUAUGUGCGUGAAGAUAAUAAUAUAAUGAAAUAUGAGUUUUGUGAUUUAAGGGAGUCUGAAGCUUUAAGAGCCCUCUUUUGGAAUUGUCUCCCCUUGACAGCUAGAUAAUAAAAUACUAUAAAUGUGAUAAUUCAAUGUGUAUAGUUUAAAUGAGAGGAUUACAUUUUGGAUUUCUGUGGUGCUUUGCAAUCACUUGAAUGUAUUUUACAUUAUAAGCUUGAUACGUGACCUGCAUACUUCAGUGUUUUAAACAAAUAAUUGUAUGUGCCACUUUCACAACUCGCUAUGGAGGUGGUGUAUUCCUUCCUUGCUAUGUGGUCACUAUCGAAAUAGUUAAACGUAUGUUGGUAAAGCGGCUUCUAUUAAAUGUUAGUCUUACUGUUUAUUUUUAUAUGAAUCAAUGUGAUAGAACAUGGAUACAAUUGCAGUUGUUCAGCUCAGAACUAUAAAAUCAAACUUGGCUUAAAUCCAGUGCCAGGCCAAGUUGUCUGUGAGGUGAUACCCACCUACUUUUGCCAUACACUGUUUUCCAAGUCCCAGGUUCUAUUAACUGCUUAAUAGUAAAACACUAAUUGAAGGGGAAGGUGGGCUCAAUGUUUUGAGCAGUACAGACCUUUUGCGUAUAACUAACAUUCUCUGAGGUUAAUAAGCACUGGGUGUUCCUCUUGUGAACCAAAUACAAAGACAAAAGAAAUUUGUCAGGUGCAACAUUGUCAGAAAUCUGUUAGGUAGGGACAUAGAAAUCUCUGUUAGGUAGGGACAUAGAAAUCUCUGUUAGGUAGGGACAUAGAAAUCUCUGUUAGGUAGGGACAUAGAAAUCUCUGUUAGGUAGGGACAUAGAAAUCUCUGUUAGGUAGGGACAUAGAAAUCUCUGUUAGGUAGGGACAUAGAAAUCUCUGUUAGGUAGGGACAUAGAAAUCUCUGUUAGGUAGGGACAUAGAAAUCUCUGUUAGGUAGGGACAUAGAAAUCUCUGUUAGGUAGGGACAUAGAAAUCUCUGUUAGGUAGGGACAUAGAAAGGCUCUGUCAGGGCAUUGAAACUGUUAACUGUAUUUUUCAGUGUUCAAAUCUUUUUGCUCAAAGUCUAACUCAAAAAUCCUGCUUAGGUUCAGUUCUUUCUAAGUGGGUUAUCAAAAUCAGCAUCCUUUUCAGUCAGACUGUGAUAUGUGUAUUUUUCAAAGUGUUUUUUUUUUUAAUUAUUAUUAUUUAUUUAUUUAUUUUUACCAAUAAACAACGAUGAAUUUGGAAAGCUGGUUAAAGCAGGGAACUCUUCAGAAUUUUUUUUUUUACUACUUCUACCUCUUUGGCACUUAUAGAAACUGAGAAAGAUGCUACAACUAAAAAUCCAGAAACCAUGCCUGAAAUAGUUGUAUCUACUGUUCUUCAAAUAGCAGAGACAAGUCACAAAGAUAAAGACAUUGACUUUUUUAAGCGAAAGCUAAAUUAGUAUCAGAAGAGUAAACAAUUUAUGAGCAAAAAAAUUCAAAAUGCUAAUGAAAAAGCCACAGAGGCUUCUUACAGAGUGAGUUACCACAUAGCACUUGCAGGAGAAGCACACAGAACUGGGGAAUCUCUAAUAAAACCAUGUGCAAAAGAAAUAGUGUCAUGUAUUUUAAGUGAGAAGUUGAGCAAAAAAAAAAAAAAAAUGAAGCUGUGCCACUUAACAACAUAGUUUUGCACCGUGUUCAUGAUCUUGCUGAUGACAUUAUUAUUAUUAUUAUUAUUAUUAUGAUAUUUAUACAGCGCCAUCAAAUUCCGCAGUGCUUUACAAUGGGUGGACGAACAGACAUGUAGUUGUAACCAGACAAGUUGGACACACAGGAACAGAGGGCCCUGCUCAAUGAGCUUACAUGCUAGAGGGAGUGGGGUAAAAAGACACAAAAAGGUAAGGAUAGUAUUAGACUAAUGACAGUUGCAGAAGAGGAAUCAGUCAGGAGCUAUUAACAGUUUAAUUGAUACGCUUUUAUGAAGAAGUGGGUUUUUAACGAUUUUUUGAAGGAGUGGGUGAGCAUCUAACGGAGGAGGGAAGCGAGUUUCACAGGAACGGUGCAGCCCUCGAGAAAUCUUGAAGGCGAGCAUCAGAGGUGGGAGUACGGACAGACGAUAGACUUAAGUCUUCAGCAGAUUGUAAGGGCCUAGACGGGACAUACUUGUGUAUAAGGGAGGAUAGAUAGGUGGGAGCAGCAUUAUGAAUUUUAAAUUGAGCUCUAUAUUUUAUAGGAAGCCAAUGUAGGGACUGACAGAAGGGUGAGGCAUGGGAGGUGCGGGCUGACAGGAAGAUGAGCCUCGCUGCCGCAUUCAUUAUGGACUGUAACGGCGCAAGUUGGGAGCAUGUAAGACCACUGAGAAGCGGAUUACAGUAGUCCAGGCGAGAAAGGAUAGUGGAAUGGACCACGCAUUUGGCGUUAAGUAGGGGCGGAUGCGCGCAAUGUUUUUGAGAUGGAAAUGACAGGAUUUGGCGAUAGAUUGAACAUGAGGCUUGAAGGAGAGGUCGGAGUCAAAGAACACCUAGGCAGCGAGCCUGCGUGGUGGAGCUGAUGGUAGCACCGUUGACUUGGAGGGAGACAGACACAGGAGUAACAACACUUGAGGGAGGAUAGACCAGAAUUUCAGUUUUGGUCAAGUUUAGUUUAAUGAAGUGGGCAGCCAUCCAGUUAGAAAUAGCAGAGAGGCAGGCAGAUACACUAGUCAAGAGGGACAGGGAGAGAUCAGGAGAGGACAGGUAGAUUUGCGUGUCACCUGCAUAGAAAUGAUAUUGGAAGCUAAAGGAGGGAAUGAGUUUACCAAGGGAGGCAGUAUAGAUUGAGAACAGUAGGGGACCAAGGACUGAACCUUGGGGGUUACCAACAGAGAGAAGUUGGGGAGAAGCAGCAGAUCCAGAGAAAGAAACACCUAAAGAUCGCUGGGAGAGGUAGAAGGAGCACCAGGAGAGAGCAAUAUCUUGUAGACCGAUAUUGCGGAGGAUGAGAAGAAGCUGUUGAUGAUCAACAGUGUCAAAAGCCGAAGACAGGUCAAGGAUAGAGUAGUGACCAUGAGAUUUUGCAGCGAGUAGAUCAUUGGAUACUUUGGUCAGUGCUGUUUCCACAGAGUGCUUAGCGCGGAAACCAGACUGAAGCGGGUCUAGCAGAGAGUUGGACUUGAAGAAGUUUGUCAAUCUCACAUACACAAUUCUUUCAAGGAUCUUGGAUGCAAAAGGCAGUAGCAACAUAGGACGAUAGUUGGAUGGGGAGUUAGGGUCAAGAUUGGGCUUCUUUCGAAUUGGGGUUUCAGUUGCAUGUUUGAAGGGCAAUGUAAAUAUACCAGAGGGGAGAGAGACAUUGAGAAUUUUAGUGAGAGGUGGAGAAAGAGAAGAAGACAAGAGUACGGAUGAGAUGCGAGGGAAUUGGAUCUAGGGAGCAGGUGGUGGGGCGGGAGGACUGGAGCAGAGCAGAAACCUCUUCCAAUGUAGCGGGUGCGAAUGAACAUAGAACAGCAGAGGGAGUGAAGUUAGGGGAAGUAUUGUAAGGGGAAGAAGAAAGAUCUCUUCUCUGAUUGUAGAGAUCUUGUCAGUGAAGUGAGUUGCAAAGUCUGAGGCGGUCAAGUUAGUAGGUGAAGGAGGAACAGCAGGGCAAAGAAGAGCGUUAAAUGUGUGAAAUAGUCGUUUAGGUUCGCGGGAGAGUGUGGUAUUGAAGUAAUUAACUUUUGCAGAGGAAAGAGCCAAGCUGUAUGAGCUCAGCAUAAAUUUAUAGUGGAGAAAGUCAGAUGCACAGUGAGACUUUCUCCAACAAUGUUCAGCAGUUCUGGAGCAUUUUUGGAGGUAUCGAGUGAGCUUGGUGUGCCAGGGUUGUUGUUGGGUGCGCCUGCGGCAUUUAAAUGUACAAGGUGCCAUGAUGUCUAGUUGAGAGGAGAGGGUGGAAUUGUAGAAGGAGGUUGCAGAAAUAAGACAGGUGAGGUUUGAGAUAGGUUAAAAAGAGAGUUUGGAGAUUAGUGGAGAAAUGCUCUAAGUCAAGACAUUGGAGGUUUCUGUGAGAGUGAUGUUCAGACAGUGGUGUCAAUUGAGUCUUAGGUAUGCCAAUGUCAAAAGUCAGCAGAUGGUGGUCAGAUAGAGGAAAAGGAAUAUUGGAGAGAUUAGAGACAGUACAGAGGUUGGUGAAGGCAAGAUCAAGAGUGUUUCCCGCUGUAUGGGUUGCUAAAUUAGACCAUUGCGUAAGGCCAAAGGAGGAGGAUACAGAGAGCAGACGAGAGGCAUCAGUGCAAUUGGGGUUGUUAAUUGGGAUAUUGAAAUCCCCAAGUAUAAGGGAAGGAGUGCUAGAUGAGAGGAAGUGGGGAAGCCAGGAAGAAAAGUGUUCAAUGAAUAGUCUAGUCUAGGAUAACCGGGGCCGGUAGAUGAUAGCAGUUCUUAAAGGAGUGGGUUUAAAUAGGCGGACAGUGUAAACUUGAAAAGGAUAGGGCAGGGGGAGUUAUGAUUGGUUGAAAAGUACAUUGAGGGGAGAGAAGGAUGCCUACGCCACCUCCUUUACAGUUGAGUGUGAGAGAAUUGUAGCCCAUCAAAACAUAGAGUCAGGAGUAGCGCUAUCAGAGGGGGACAGCCAGGUCUCUGUAAAUGCAAGCAGUGUGAGUAAGUUUGAGAUGAAAGUCGUGUAUGGUUCUUGAUUUUAAAUUACUGCAGAUGGAGCGGGCAUUCCAGAGUGCACAAUGAAUGUUGGUAAGUGAGGGUAAAGGGCAGGGUAUUGUGAUGAGGUUUGUGGGGUUUCUGGUUUUCUUAGUGUGUGUAGAGAAGGUGAAGGGCCCUGGAUUGGGAGAGACAUCACCAGCUGCUAGAAGUAGGAGGAGAGAAAGUGACAGGAGGUUUGAAUGGGUUUUUUAUUCAUGGGGUCUAGGAUGAGAUCGAUUGUGGGUCGGAGUGAGAGACUAGAAAAAUGAGUGUAAGGCAUGAGAUGAGAGAAGGGUGGAGUGUAGCAGAGAGGGGCAUAUGUAAAUGUGGAUGGGGGGGAUGAGUGAAGUGGGUGUAAGGAGAGAUUUCUAUACUGAUGGAGACUGAGGAAAUAAAGAGGAGAAGAAAACACAUCAUUGCUAAACUGUGAAAAAUAAAAAAUUGGAAAUAACAAAUAUCAAGAGCAGGUGAAGGUAGGAAAGAUAUUAUGUUUUAUGGGUUAAGAAAGUGCAGGAGUGUACUAAUAAGAGGCAGUGUUUUGUUUUUGUUGUUGUUGUUGCUUUUUUAACCUAACUAAAAUGUGGGCGUGACAGACAAUCUAUAAAUGUAAUGAGCAUGGGGUGGGAUGGUGUGGGGAGGGUGGGCAUCAUGCUUGCUCACUGAAGGAAUGGGCUUGCAAAGUUGGGGAAUCAGGCUGUUGAAUAAAGAGAUGUGAGGGUCAAAGAGCUUGCAGUAAAGGUAAGGGAGGGGGAAAUGUAUCUAGGUACAGAGAUGAAGAGAUGGAUAUUCAAAUAAAAACAAACAUAUCAAUAAGAGAAGGGAGGGGUCAGAGGUCAGUCACAAAUCAGAGGGGAAAUAGAGGAAUGCAUAUAGGUGAAUAAAACAAUUACAUACAGGGCUAGCAAAACUACACUUUAGCAUAACAGACAAGAUAUAAAUACAAGAAAAUAUACAAUGUACACAGGAUAUAUAAAAUAAAAAUUAAAUAAAUGUACAGGGUGGUUAAGUUAAAAAUAAAUGAAGGUGUGCAGGAUAGAGUCUUAGUGUGGUCUUCCAGAAUACAUCCCUACUGAACUAAUUUCUCGACUGCAUCAAUGUGAUGGAUACUCACUGCAAUUAUACGAGUCCACAGAUGUUGCAGGACCUUCGAUUUUGUUGGUUUUUGUUAGAUAUAAUUUUGACAAACAGGUUGAAUAACCUGUGGUUACCCUGCACCAGACACUGCUAAUCCAUUCCACACUGUGACUCCUAACUUCAACAUCAGGCAUACUGGGUCACGCUCAUCCGACCGCCGCCCAGACAGUGUCUGGUUCCCGGUCACCAGACUGCCCUCCUGACUGUGAAACUACGAAUGGCUCGUUAAAUCUGGUACGAACCCGAACUUUGCAGUUCGGGUUCGCUCAACUCUAUUAUGGAUCCUUUGAUCGCUACAUCUGUUACUUGGAUAACUGGUAAUUCUCGAGCUAAUACAUGCCAACGAGCGCUAGGGGACGGCCGCUCCGCUUUUGCACCCUGCUCCCUCUUAUGCUGUGCUGGUGCCUCUGUGCAACCAGCGCCUCUUCCUCCAAACUGCACACGUCACUCGCAUGACCUUGAUUCCAUGUGGGGUCUAGGACCUCAUCAUCCUCCACAUCAUCUUCCACCCACUCCUGAACCCUGCCCUCCUUGCCGGUCUGCACACUGCAGAAAGCCACAGCAGUUGGCACGUGUUUUUCCAGCAUGUAAACUCUGCAAAGGACAUAUGGGAAUUGUUUUAGAAUUGUAUCCAGGCAACUAUAAACUUACCUCUCAGUUUGACUUGUGAGGGUAUUGCCCCCGAAUUACAAUAUUGUUAUAUUGGUAUUUGACGGUUCUAUUUGACUGCCAGAUAUGAACUGCAGGCUGCAAAUAUACUAUUUAGCACCCAAAAAAAUUUGAAUUUGUCAAACUGUGCUGUAACCGCAGUAUUUGACGCCUCUAUUUGACUCUCAGAUAUGAAGUGCAUCCCACUAAUGUACUAUUUAGCAGAUUAUCACCCAGAAAAUAAGAAUGUUUACAAUUGCACUGUAAGUGCAGUAUUUGAUGUUUCUAUUUGACUCUCAGAUAUGAAGUGCAUUUCACUAAUGUACUAUUUAGCAGAUUAGCAGCAAAACAAUAAGAAUUUUUACAACUGCGCUGUAACCGCAGUAUUUGACGCUUCUAUUUGACUCUCAGAUAUGAAGAGCACGCCCCAAAUGUACUACUUAGCAGUUUAGCAGCAAAACAAUUAGAAUUUUUACAACUGCGCUGUAACCGCAUUAGUUGAUGCUUCUAUUUGACUCUCAGAUAUGAAAUACACCCCACUAACGUACUAUUUAGCAGAUUAGCAGAAAAACAAUUAGAAUGUUUACAACUGGGCUGUAACCGCAGUAUUUGACGCUUCUAUUUGUCUCUGAUAUGAAGUGCACCCCACUAAUGUACUUUUAGCACCCAAAAAAUGUUAAAGGACCACUCUAGGCACCCAGACCACUUCACGCAUGCGCAUUCAGCCGAAGAGGAGGAGAGGAGGAGUAGAGCUCCCUGCCCGGCGCUGGAGAAAGAGGUAAGUUUAACCCCUUCCUCUCCCCAGAGCCUGGUGGGAGGGGAUCCCUGAGGGUGGGGGCACCCUCAGGGCACUAUAGUGCCAGGAAAACGAGUACUGGCACUAUAGUGGUCCUUUAAGUUUUAAAACUCUAAUGUAACCGCAGUAUUUGACACUUCUAUUUGACUCUCAGAUAUGAAGUGCACACCCCAAAUGUACUAGUUUGCAGAAUUCUUUCCUAAUCUGUCCCUGAAAGUGGCAGCAUCCUCUCCCUACACUAAUAAGACCUCAUGUGCGUGCGGCGCUAUGCAACUACCGGUCAUAUAUAGAGCCUGGGUCACAUGCUGCACUGGCCAAUCACAGCCAUGCCAUUAGUAGGCAUGGCUGUGAUGGCUUCUAAGGGCACACGAGUCAAACGCUUUGAAAUCGCCGAACACCGAACUCCAACCCGAACAUACAGUGAUAUGUUCGGGUCCGGGGUCCAAAAAACGUAAUGUUCGGUACGAACCCGAACUUUACAGUCCGGGUUCGCUCAACUCUACUCUUAGAAUAAAUCGUCAAUUUCAUUUAUUUCUCCCAAAUUCACAUUUUAGUAAAUAAAUAAUUUCAUUCCUUUUUAUUAUAUCCUGCUCAAUUUAGACAAAUAAAAGUCUUCUAUGUCUGUCUUAAAACUGUUUUUUUUUUUUUCUCCCAAAAAAUGAAUAGGUGUAAAAGUAUCUUUUUCGAUGUCUAGUUUGAACUAGAAACUUAUCCUACUUGGCAUUUCAUUUAGCAAACAAUAAUGCUGAUAUUAAGUGAAACUAGACAAAGACCUAAUGCCAUUUUCUUUUUAUCACUGAGUUAGCAUUUAACAAUCAAUGCUUAUGACUUUUUAUUGUACUACAUCACAAAUUGUUUGAGAAGUACUAAAGUAUUUUAUCUGGAUUAAAAUGCAUCUUGAAAGUCUGCUUGUAGAUAUAAUCUUCAUGUUUUUAGAAUAGAUUCAUUCUAAUCCCAUACUCUUUAAACAGGAACAUCUAAUCGAAAAUGAGGUUUCGAUACUGCGCCAAGUUAAACAUCCCAAUAUCAUUAUGCUUAUAGAAGAGAUGGACACCACAACAGAGCUUUUUCUGGUGAUGGAAUUAGUAAAGGUAAGAGGAUUGUUCCAAUUGUCUUUAAUCAUGUAUGUACAUUCUGUAGACACUAUAAUAAGAUUACAGGAUUCUAAACUGUAUGCAAUAAUUGCUUUUGAGAACCGUUAUCAAAAACACGACCUUCUGACUGAACAUCUCCUCUGAAGGGUGAAAAGGGCACUCAAAUUAUUCAUGCCAUUGUGGGGCUUUCCCUCAUUUUAAUAGUGUUUUAAUGAUUUAGUAUUUUAGAAUUAGCAAUACUUUUCUUCACAUAAAAUAAAACUGCUGUUUUGAAUGUUAAGUUUUUAAAUUUCUCAAAAAUCUUUCAGCUUUUCUUCUUACAUUUUAUGGUGUCUGGCAAUACAGUCAUUUCCUUAUCCUUGUAAAUUUGAGUUGCGUCUGUAAUUAAAUAUUGGAUAGCAGGGUCUAAAAUUACUAGGGCCUCAACCUUUUAACCAUUUGUGGUUUGUUUAACUUUUAUAUGCUUUGCAUGACUGGGGUGCUCUAGUUCUAACCCUUGAUUUACUGUUAAACCGUUUACUUUUAGUUUAACAGUGAGCUAGGUUCCCUGGCCUCCCUUCCACUUCUGUCUUGGCUAACACUUCCUUAUUAACUUGAGCGGUGAGGGGAUGCAAUGAUAAGUUGAGUAUCAGUGAUCUCAGCCUAUUACAAGUGUGCACUGUUCAUACAGCCAUAGCAAACUUUACAAGCAAUAGGUGUCAAUGAUGGGUUGAAAGAGCUCAUGAGAUGCUCUCAGCCUAUCUUUGGGCUCCUAUCACUGUUCAGGCAACAAGGAAGUGUUGGCCAGAGCAGAUAAAGUGGUGCACUGGACUUUAGUUUACAGCAGUGUUCAUUUUUGCGACUAACAAUUUUAGAAUAAUUAGUCGACUUACAAUUUUGGAGAUUUAGUUGACUAAAGCUAAAACAAUUUAGAUGACUAAAAUACAACUGAAACUAAAAUGGCUUUUUAGUCAAAAGACUAUGACUAAAACUAAAUAGAAUUUUGAAGCCAAAAUAAACACGGAUUCACAGUAAACACAAAGUAAAUAAUUUACCAAGAUAAAGUGGUUAUGAUGCAGAGUUCCUGUAAUGUCUCCAAAUGGGCUGGAAAUGGCAAACACCCUUCUCAAACAGCAAAUGAAUCUUGAAGGAUCAUACUAUUUCUACAUUUAUUGGGGAGGGGGUAGUGAGUGAGUGAAUGCAUUUGCCUAUUUGUACUACAUUAGAGAUUGUUAUAAAACAUAUAUUUAAUAAUUUUGAAUAUUGAAAAAGUUAUUUUAGAAAUACGGAUACAAACUAAGUUGAAACAUACAUAGUCAAUCAAGUUUGGCAUAAAAACAUGUUUGAUUAAUGGCCAAUCAUGUCACAAAAAAGGAGUCAAAUGUUUCUUUACUCCAUAAUGGCAAUCAGAUUAAUUCAUGGAUCAACAACCUGUUCACCUACAUAUUAAUUAUAUCCUUAAAUAUUCUGUUUUUAUUUUUCUUUAAAAAUCUAUGCCUUUUUUUAAUAUAAAAAUAAUUGUAUAAAACAACAUCUUUCAGUAGAAAGUUCUAUAUCUGUAUGUUUAAACUAUAAAGAACCCUUUUUCCUCUGCUCCAACUUUUUUUUCCUAGUCUAAAUGAAAACCUCAUUCCUGCUGAACAGUAUAGCACAUACUAACCCUGAUUUGUGCUGACCCUGUAUAUAUUUGUAUCAAAUCCAUUCUGACACGCUUUUUUUCUGUAUAAAGUAUCACAGAAUAGGACAUUGUAUACUGUCUAAAUAAAUAAAAUGGUGUAAAUGUAUUUAAUAAUUUUUACGUUUGACAAGCAUACUAUUAACAAAACAGCUUUGUGUUUGUAUGUUUUCAUACAUAUUUUUUAUCUUCGAAAAAAAAAUUGGUUGGUAAUGAAGAGUUUAUGUUCCCCCUAACAGCCUGAAAAUGUACAUGGUUCCAGUGAUAAUGCUCAAGUACAUAUUGUUAAUUGGAUAGGAGCUAUGAGUAAUAUAUUAAAAUGAUCACAGGGAUGUUUUCUUUGCGAUUACAAAACAUAUCAAGUACUACAUCAUAGCUUUGUUGCAUGUGGUCAGUUAUGCAUUUACAGCUGUGAGAUCAACUGAAUUUGCCACAGGUGUAUUCCAAUCAAAGUGUAGAAAAUGAUCCAGAGAAAUGAUAUCCACCUAGCUAAAUUUCGAGUGUCAUAGCAAGGGGUCUAAGUUCUUCUGCCAAUGUGAUAUUUUAGUUUAUUAGGUUAAAUAAUAUAUUCUUAUAUAUUAAAUAAAUUUGCAAAGUUUUCAGAAAUCUAGAUUUUGCUUUGUAAUUAUGGGGUAUUGAGUGUAGAUUGAUGUGUGAAAAAAUAAACAUUUGUGGCAAAAGAUACAACAAAUACGAAAGAUAGGAUAAGCAGUAGGAAAUCCAUUAAUAUAAACCGUGAAAUAAGCUGCAAACUGAUUGUAAGGAAUACCCCCAACAUCUUACAGAGUAAAACCAAAAAACAGGUAAAAAUGUAAAUGGUAAUUUACUCACAUUUACUAGAGCAGUAACACUGCUCAAGAGAUAGCACUUGGGUGGUAUGAUCACCACCAAGGAUAUAAUGUUGAGUAGAUUCUCCUGAAGGCAAUCCUUGCCAGAGAUUGGAUGUAGAGUAGAUACUUCAGGAGUUUUAAAUGUGCUAAAAAAAUGAAAAUAAUAAAUGGUCUUGCACUAUAAAAUAGGUGUAAGCCGGCGGAGCCAAGCAAUAGAACGGAGCGGUCGCACCUAAGCCGAGCUCUGCAAUACUAGGCCUCUUUUUUGGUGCUAUAAACAAGUUACCCCAAACAAAUCGGUGCCAACUGGACACUAAACCAGCAUACACCGUAAUGGGCCGAAAAACAAAAAAAACAGAAGGCGGACAAGCCUAGAAUGGGCAUGAACAUUGGGGACCUGUGGCGGCAAGCACAUGAGACCUCACAACCUAAGAUGGCGUCCUACCUCGAAGAAAGCUCAGACUUCUCGGAUGACCAAACUCUGGAGAUGGCGGAGUUCCUCAUACCAGCACCACAGGUGCCAAGACAGACGCCAGCACCAACCUCGCCAAAGAGGGACUCGCAGCCUGUGACCAAGGCUGAUAUGCAAGACCUUCUAGCAGACCUCCGGCGGGACAUUCACGCAGAUGUUACAGCACUCCGCAACGACCUCAAAGGCCUGACAGGCGCAUGGGGGCCCUGGAGACUGAAUCCCGCAGCACCAAACGAGAGGUUAUGCACCUGCAACAAGAGAUGCAGACCCUCAGAAAUCAACAGACCACCCUUGAACAGAAACUCACAAUAAUGGAAGACUCCAGACGACUCAAAAAUCUCAAGGUUAGAGGGGUGGCGGAGGCAAUCCCUGACGCCGAAUUACCGCACUUUAUUAGACGCCUCCUGGGCACAAUCCUGCCUCCCAGACAGGCGAAAGUGAUAAUGAUAGAAAGCACGUUCCGGAUCCCCAGACCCGCCAAAGCCCCGGCCACUGCUCCCAGGGACCUGAUUGUGCGUUUCCAGGCCAGGCAGGACAAGGCUGCAGUGAUGGGCACCCUCCCGGGACAAUCCCCAUACAACUUUGAGAACUCUUCGCUUACCUUCUUUGCCGACCUCACGGGGAGCACACUAGCAUGGCGAAAGUCCUUGCAGCCCUUCACGACACUGCUCCGGACGCACAACAUCCCCUACAGAUGGAAGACAACACACACGCUGGCAAUCUCCCACGGCGGAACCAUUUACCCAGUUCACGAUUUGGAAGGAGCAACAGCGAUCCUGGAGAGCCUGGGCCUGCCACCGAACUCAUUAACCAACACCUCAAAAGCAACGGUGACCACAUCGCAAGGCUGGGACCCGGCGAACACAGCCCCCUUCAUACCCAGGAGGCCACCUGCGGACAUCCACGCAGAAGCCACGACCUGAUCUCUCCCAGUCAGCCACACCACACGCUGGCAGAUAAGACUUUGCGCAUAGAGGACUAGAGGACUAAUCUUGCUUUCUAAUUAAGUUUAUCACUGCUUUAACCAUGCCCUGUACUGUUCUUCCCUUAGCUCUGCUAUAUUUGCAUUGUUUGUUUUUACAUCCACUAGGGCCCCGCACAAGUUCCCGGAGAACGGUAACAUAACCAGGGGGUACGGGCCAUAUACGUCCCCCCUUGCCCCCAAUAAGCUCCCCAGCCACCGCGCCAACACCAUUAGAAGCUACUUGGAUCCCCCCCACUCAACCCGGAUCACAUAGGCCACCCCGACAACCCUGCAUAAACCUCCCCAGGGCCUUAUCUGGAGACUUUCCAUACCACAAAGUCUUACAUGUAUAUCACUCAUGACUCCUACAUAAGAUAGUGCGCGCAGCUUGGCGUACAUGCCAUUACUAUACAGACUAGGGUUAAACUUUGACUAAAUGCCGCCGUAGUGGCACAGUGAGAGGGCUCAUGACUAGCACUUAUCCUUCUAAUCAGUGGGAUAGCGAUAUGUCCUAUCCUUUUAAAGUGCUGUGCUCCUAGACAGCCUGAUACUGGCCACCUCCAUGCCAACUAGUUUGUGAGGCUGACGACCUGCUACUUGUACUAUGUAUUCUCUUAUGAGCAUAUCUAGCCUAACAUAGCCAUUACCAACGAUAAUCUAUUAAGGUAUCAUAGCUCAUUCACUACAUGCCUUGGUACGCUUAUUACUUAUUACAAUUUACUGAAGUAUCAUAAUUUGAUAACCUCAUGUUCCAGCAUAUUGUUACUCGCUACGGAUGUCAUAUAGUUUGUUAAUCUCACAUUAUAUAUAUAAAACUGUGCUGUCUGAUCUGCCACAAUUUCAAAUGCUAAUGCUAUGCCUGCAACGGCUGUUGUGGCCUUGCACGUUUAUUGUUAUUCCAAGCACAAAUAAAAUAAAGAAUUUAAAAAAAAAAAAAAAUAGGUGUAAGGCAAAUAAACUUUAAUGCUUAAAAAACAUUUUAUUUUUUUAAUUCUUUAUUUUUGAUUGAUAAAACAAAAUGACAAGAUAAGUUGACCGAGCUUGAGCACAAGACGCAUUAUAAUUCGGGAAAUAGUAAUACCGUGAAGGUGAGGCACAUAAGACAAUGCAAGUACAGAAAUAACAUAAUACACUUGGUAUACAAAACUGUUUGGUAGAGUAGGUCAUCAUAUGCGUGAUGUCAAUUUUUGUAUUUUAAACUGCAUAUUAUUAUGGUUGCAGAUUGUAUUCGGAGUAUUGGGUACAUGGUGGCAACCGGCGUUAUGAACCUGGUACAUCUUUAGAACUUUACGGUGGAUAUGGGAUAAUUAAGGAUUUUUUGGCAAUGCCUUGGGUCGGCUGUUUGGAAUCAUGUUCUAAUAGGGACCUCUGUAUCUGAACUAGGUGUGAUGUGCAGUCGUUAUAGUACAGAGCAUUACUGUAUCCCAGGACCCGAGACUGAUUCACCUUAGGUUCACAGGAAGCCAGUAUGUCCCCUAGCACCUGGUCUGCAGUAGGGCGCCCAUUGUGAGCGUCCGUGUGCUAUCUAUGCCUGUGGACGCUAUAUGUGUAUAAAGAGGGUCCUUGUAGGAAGGUAGGACCGGAAUAAGGGAGAGGAGGAGGAGAAAAGUAUAGUAAAAGGAGGUGGAGAAGAAGAAGAGAGUGGGCCGAGCAGCGGGGGGACAAGGAGAGGGGGAGGGAGAGCACGACAACAAGCUCCCAUCCCAAGGCACACGGCCAUGGGUGAUAAGUCAACCCGUCUAAAGUUCUAAAUUUCUACAUCCCAUCAGGUCUGUUAGUCUGCCAGGGGGCAUUCCCUCCAUAAUCCCCAAGUCCUCUCAAAUUUCUUGUGGGUGCCUUGUAUCCUAGAUGUGAGGUAGCCAUUAGGUGGCUAUCCUUUAUUUCCCCAAUCACUGCCGAUCUAGGGGAGGGCUGUAUAUUUAGCCAAUGUUGUGCUAUAGCCAAUGUAAUUUUUUGGAGCAGUUUUUGGCCAUGUCUAGGCCAGUCCUCGAUUGAUCUGUUUAAGAGCUAUAUCCAGGGGUCGAGGGCAGUUUGGAAGACCUGCCCCAAUAUUUCUCUGAUCCCCCUCCCAGAAGAUUUUGAUUUUGGGGCACUCCCACUAAAUAUGUAUAUAUGUGCCUCUAAUGCCACAAUUCCUCCAGCAGUGGUCCAAUGGUGUCUUUUUUGCAUACAAUAAAGCUGUACUGAGGUGGUGUACCAUCGGAAUAGGGGUUUAAAAGACUGUUUAAAACUAUUUUAACAUCGAACAUCUUUGCAUAUCUCUUUUGAUAUAUAUCAUGUCACCUGCCUUAUGUAACAUCUUGAAUAUGUACUUACACUGUGCACCAACAAAAAUUUCUUUUUAAAAAUAUACUAUUUUAAAACAGUCAAUGCAUUUCGCCAAACAAGGGGAUUCAAGUAUACAUGUAUUAUAUAAUUUAAUUGUAGCAAAAGACUGCAACAAAAAAAUUUAAAAAUUUAAGGGGUCUGAAUUCUUAGUGUGCACUUUAUAUACAAUCUAUGCAAAACUGUUUGAAAUGUGACAACUAUAUUAAAAAUAAUAAAUUGGAACGCUACAUGAUUGUUAUUGUAAUGAUAUCCUGAAGAAUGCAUUCUAAUUUAAACAUCCACACUCCUACAAAAUUAGUAAUUAAUUCUGAUAAUUUGACUAACACUGUUGCUUUAGUAUUGAUGAAAUUCUACGAAAAGAUUGUGGCGCAAACACUGGGAACAUUGGUUUCCGAGGUGACUGCUUAACAUUUAGUUCUUUGUUUCAGAAUUGAUUUUAUAUUUAUCUUUUUGCAUAACCCCUGCCAUUCUGCCAGUUUAUGAAUACACUAUGGAAUGGAUUCCAUAGUGUAUUCAAAAUCUAAUUGAAACCUAUAGAGUAAAAUAGUCAAGCUGUGACUAUAUCGGACUUGUAGAAUUUUUCCAGAUUUGCAAUUUUUAGCCUAUAUUUUGCGAUUUGAAUUUUUAAAUCACUACAGUUGUGAAGUUUGAUAAAUGACGUUGAAAUAUUCUUGUGGAUGGAUCUGUAAAUCAUCAUAUAUUAACUCCCUUCAAAACUAUCUAUUUAUCUUUAGGGUGGAGACUUGUUUGAUGCAAUCACAUCUUCAACCAAGUAUACAGAACGAGAUGCUAGCGCAAUGGUGUACAAUUUGGCAAGUGCUAUGAAAUAUCUUCAUAGCCUCUACAUUGUCCACCGGGACAUCAAGCCUGAGAACCUUCUGGUAAGUGACAAUGAAGUGUGACACUAAUGUAUAUUGUGCUGCAAAAACUAAAAGUGGCACGGAGCUGUGAUUGAUGUGUUUAAACUAGAAAUCUGUUUGUAUUGUUUUAUUGCUUUAUCAUGUUACAUGUUUUUAACUUUCUAAAAGAUGGCUUUCUAAAAGAUUAAGAGACCUACUCAUAAUGUUCUAAAAGCUGGAAGGAACACAUUGUACAUUUGUCAAACAUAUUUCCUCAAAUUAAAAAAAGAAAAAGUUUUGACUAUAUUAGAAAUUCACUCUAAUCAUAAUAUUUAUAUAUUGGGGGGGAUUGGAACAGUGUUUUUUAAUUUUUAUUUAUUUUAAAUAGCUUACAUUAUCUUGGUGAUUCUUCAAUUAUUAAAUUAACUUAGUAACCCACUCUUUGAGAGUGAUAUAAUUUGGAUGAAAAUCAUUUUUGCAAAGCACAUUUAUCAGACUCUUCCCAGUGUCAGACGGUUGCCACUAGAGAACUUUAUCGGACUGUGGCUGGUGCUCCCAACUAUGAAUAAUGUCCAAAGUUGGCAUGCUAAUGUAGGAGUAUGAACUUCUGCUUUAGCAUAUCUAUGGUGCUUGGAGUGUUCGUUUAACUGAAAACAAAACUGCUUUGUUACACAAUGGUCAUAUUUCUAACUUAAUGUAUGGAGAUCUUACAUGCUGUUGACUGUAUAAUGGCCAUUAACGCUUCUACCCUAUACUUUUUAUAAUUAUUUCUCCCAAUAUUUAAAAUUAACAAAGAGACACUUUUAGGAAGGUGCGGCAAUAUAAAAAGCUAAAGUUAUCAUAGCAGAAGCACUACUGAAGAUGAGAUCAUGAGAGACAUAGCUAAGAGAGGACUAGGAAGAUAGACAUAGUAAAAGAGCUGGAGCAUUAUACAGAGACCUGUACUGUGUGGGGAUCUCUGUAUUGCGUCUCUGUGUACUCCAUAACAAUGAUCCAGGUUCUGAGUAUCUCCUUACUGUGCCCAGCUCUGUGUGUUAUUUCUCUGUAUCUUAGCUCUACCUGUUGUUUGGGUAUCUCUGUAGUCUGCCCAGCUUUGUGUGUUUUAUAGGUAUCUUUAUGUUGUGCCCAGCUCUGUGUAUUGUAUAUCUAUUUUUUUUUCCCUCAACUCUGUUUGUGGUAUAGUUAUCUCUGUAUUGUACUCGGCUUCAUUUAAGACACAUUAGUGGGAGUAUAUUGCUGAGUUUUGUUAAAUACUCAGACAUUCAAACAAUAUAUACAUCCAAAAAAAGAGGAACUUUAGGAUAGAAAAGUGGGACACGGGGAUUUGGGCCCAGAAUAGAGACUGUUCCUCAUUUUAAGGGACACUUGGGUGAUAAGCAUAGCAGCUUGAAGGAAGAUGGGUCAACAAGUAAUGGUGUUUAUCCCAGAAAACCAGAUGUACACAUGUACCUAAUCCAGAAUAAAAGUUCCUAUACAUCUACACCUGGGAUCAGAAGUAAGUAUUGAUUUAGGAUCCAAAGAGGUAACAUUGUACCAAUAGUUGUUCACAUGAAGCAUGUUAAGUAGACAUUGGGUUUCAUCCAUGUAGAUAAAUUGACUGGAUUAUUUAGAAAUUCUGAAAGUUAAUCUUCUCACAUGACAAACCAACCACUUUCACCACAUAUGGUACCUUUUCCCCUUAUCCUUCUAGCCAAAGUCUGAAGGGAUGGUCCUAACAGGAUACAAUUUAACAGGUGUUGGCUAUCACCCUAUUAGUAUUUUGUAUGAUGUUCUCGGAUAAAUGGAAAUUUUGGAUGUGACCUCCCAGGUGUCUUCCAUUCCUCUCUAUCCAGGGAGGACAUGUAAUAUUGUUUCCAAAGGUAAACAUAUGGUAAAUAUAUUUCCCUAGGACCUGAAAAGAUGCUAGUACAUAGUUGUGUAAUAAACACCUUUUCAUAAUUUCCCUGAAGGCAUAAGGUGUCAAACUAUGUUCUGUUAGUACAUACUGCCCAUGCCAUCUCUGCUUUCCCAGCUGGAGGUACCUGAAGUGGUCUCCUAUGGUCAUGUGUCCCCUUGUACCUCAUCCUUCUUGUAAAAGUCCUGAAACCUCUGGAUAACAACCUCAUCUACGUCAACAUCUCCAGUGAAUUUAUGUUUAAGGUGCAUUUUUUUUUUGGUCCCUCCCACCAUAAUUUGGCUCAUUCUGGACAGUAUAUGUAAUGGCCUCUCCAGUUAGAUUUUAUUUUUUUUGUUUAUUUUAGUAAAAUCUUUGUCAACUCACCACAACUCAGUUGUAGAGAUAGACAAAUAAAUAAUUGACAUCCCUAGGAAUUUAAUUGUAAUGAAUUAAAUGUACAUGUCUUUUGUCCAAGUAAUUUUUGCACAGUAGUGGCACUUGGCCUCCUAUGCUUAUGUCAAUGAAAAAGCCUCCAUAAUGUCUCUAUAUAUUAAUUGCAAUACAUAUGCAGAUACAAAUCAAUAUAGUCCAAUAGACGUUUUGCAGUCUUCUACUCUGUGCCCAACAUGCACAGAAGCUUGCGUGACUAGCACCUGACAGGAACGUUUGAUGGGCAUUUGGCUAAAUGGAAAAUGCCUGAACUAAAUUGACAGUUUGUAAGAAGAUAACUAGUGUUGGUUUUAAAUAGGCGCAAAUCCUGUUUUAGAAAAAGCCUAAAUGGAUUAUUUAAAACGUAAGCUUGGCAUUAUACCCACUGAUUAGCAUUUUGGGGGAUAUAAUAAGGAUUUUGUGAGCAUCAUUUUAAUGAUGCUAAGCUGAAUGUAGAGGCGAUCUCCAGAGUUAGCCUUCUUAGGAGAAUCUUCUAAUCCUGUCUCGUGAGCAAAUUAAAAUGCUACAUUGAACUGGUUAAUCCAUUGUGGGCUAUCUACCCGCAUUCCCAUACGCAUGCAACUAUUUUGUUUUCUAAUCUACUGUAAAAGCUUUUAUAUAAUGUGCUGACCUGAUUAAUUUGAAAGGCAUUUGUUUUAACAAUAAGAAAACCUCUUCUUAGCAACACAUUUCAAUCAUCGUAACAAAAUGAUUUACACCUCAUAUUAAAUGUUUGUUUAUUGCACAUUAUUUUUAUUAUUAUUGUUUUUAGGUUUGUGAAUAUCCUGAUAAAACUAAAUCUCUAAAGCUUGGUGAUUUUGGAUUGGCUACUAUAGUUGAUGGUCCAUUGUACACUGUCUGUGGUACGCCAACCUAUGUUGCUCCGGAGAUCAUUGCUGAAACUGGGUAAGAGCUGUCUUUCACUUCUGGGCUAUUCUAAAGUGGUGUAAUAAGUCUCUUUUCAAACCAAACAAAAUAUGUUAAUUAAAUAUGCUUUAAAAUUACUGAUGGGGGAAAAAAAUGUUUAAAUACAACUCCAGAUCUGUAAUAUUGGGACUUCGCCCUUGUUUAUUCCUGGCUAUUUUUCCCAUACAAAAUUGAGAGAAAAAUGAAUAAUUUGAAUCAAUUAUACAUUGAAUUAGAUUAAUGGUAUAUAAUUGUGCAUUCUUAAAAAUUUAUGAGGUGCUUUCACUUUUUAAAUGAUGCCUGAGAAAAGCUUAUUCUUUCUCAAAAUCUUCAGAUACGAUAGUGUACACAUAAAUAGGGCAGAGGAUUUACAAUUGUCAUGGGCUAGCUAUGCGAAGUGCAUAUGUAAUUAAGGCAGCUAAGAACUCUGUUCCAGACUGCCUAAUGUUCUAACUUUAUAAAAGGGAGACCAAAUUAAUAAUGACCAGUAGGGCAUUGUAACUUUAAAUUUAGGAUAUGAUUUUAAAAAAUAAAAGGUGUUUUAGUCAGCGGUGUAUCCUGGUUUUGUGCUGCCCUAGGCAAGCCAAAACUCAGGCGUCCCCGCGCGCGCCACCCCCACCCACCCCCCAAAUUCUAAAUACACACACACAUUCACUAACAGACACACAUUCACUAACAGACUCGCUAACAGACAGACACUCGCUAACAGACAGACACACUCACUUUUUUUUUAUUUAACCCCCAGCCUCCUUACCUUUUAGGAAUGCUGGGGGGGGGGGGUGGGUUCUCCCUCUCCCUGGGGCUGGUGAGGGAGCACUUCCCCCUGAGCUCUCUGCUCCGCUCCCUCGCGCGCUGCAGAGUGAUGCCGGGAGCCGGAAUAUGACGUCAAGGCUAACAAGACAUUUGCCCUGGGCAUUUGGGGGUGGCCUUUUUUGCCUCCCCCUGGAAAAUGCCGCCCAAGGCAAAUGCCUUGUUUGCCUCGCAGCUAAAACGUCCCUGAUUGUAGUAACAAAUAAAAGAUCAUUUCUGCUUUCCAGGGCAGUGGUUCUUACAUACAGAGAUUUACAUAUGUGAUUGAAUUCUAAUGUUCUAAUAUCUACUUUAAAUAGAAAAAGUGAAAGACCUGUUUUGCUUUUAUUUAUUUUUUUAUUUUAAUUUUUAGGUAUGGUCUAAAGGUUGACAUAUGGGCAGCUGGAGUGAUCACGUAUAUUCUCCUUUGCGGUUUCCCACCUUUUCGCAGGUAAAAUCUCAAGAUUAAGUGUUAAUUUUCUAUACACUUCAUGCACGCUGUCAUAGAUUAUAAAUAAAUUGUUUGUAGAAACAUGUUAGAGAAAAAUACACUUCUCAAUGAGCAUGGCAAGACAUAUUCUCCUUGAACAUUACCACAUUGUGUUGUGUUAUAAUCUGAAAUAGAUUAUUUGGUGGGGGGUGCAGGGGGGGUGCUACCAUUUGAUUUAUACAAUGCACCAAACAAACUAUUCCCAAAGCUGUAGCGUCCUGCUACCUAUCUAGGUGUCUCUCCCCCGCCAUGUGAGGGUAUGAAAAGUAUUACUUGGCUUUUAGCCCAUGCUGUGCUGCCCUUCUCUCUGCUGUUAUGAGAUGAAGUGGUGUUUUCAGUGUCACUUUAAUCAGUAUUGUGAAACAGAUAAUUUUUGUUUGUUCUCAAAGCAUGAAGAAGUGAUGGGUUUUAUGUAAAGAAGUGUUAGAUUUUAGAUGGAUACUCCGUUAAAUAAAAAUGAUGCUCUUUGCAAUUGUCAAAACAGUCCGUUGCUAUAAUCACUAGAAUGUUAGGGCUUGUACUUUAUUUACAGGGACACUAUAGUCACCAAAACAACUUCAGCUUAAUGAAGCAGUUUUGGUGUAUAGGUCAUGUCCCUGCAUUCUCACUGCUCAAUGCUCUGCCAUUUUAGGAAUUAAAUCACUUUGUUUAUGAACCCUAGUCACACCUCCCAGCAUGUGACUUACACAGCCUUCCAUAAACACUUCCUGUAAAGAGUCAUCUAAUGUUUAUCCUUCCUUUUAUUGCAAGUUCUGUUUAUUUAGAUCGUCUUAUCCAAUGCUAUGUUAAUAGCUUGCUAGACCCUGCAAGAGCCUCCUGUAUGUGAUUAAAGUUCAAUUUACAGAGAAAGAGAUACAAUUGUUUAAGGUAAAUUACAUCUGAUUGAAAGUGAAACCAGUGUGUUGUUUUUUUCAUGCAGGCUCUGUCAAUCAGAAUCAGGGGAGGUGUGACAAGGGCUGCAUAAACAAAAACAAAGUGAUUUAACUCCUAAAUGGCAGCGAAUUGAGCAGUGAAACCUGAGAAUCACGAUCUAUACACUAAAACUGCUUCAUUAAGCUAAAGUUGUUUAGGUGACUAUAGUGUUUCUUUAACCCCAAAAUAACAAUCAUCAUUAAAUCCUGGUCCCCAGAGUCCUUAUGCCAGCAUGGAGCAUCGUGCUGUAAUAUUUUUGUGCCAAAGUAUAUAUCCUACUCGGUGAAUGAUGGAACAAUGUAUAGAGAUGGUAAUGAUUAAAUAGUAAUGACAGCACAGCGUAGACUGGCAUUGGCCCCUUAGAGGGUUAAGCUGGGACAGAAACGUAUUUUAAAGCACACAAAUGAUUUUCUCUAAAGACCUAUUCUGUGCCAAACUGUUAUCUCCAUGCAAACCACAAAUGUACACUAUUAAGAAAGAGAGUAAAUAUACUGACCAUUUACAAAUGGGCAGCAGUAAUCUACAAUGUCAGCCAGAGCAAACACUUUAUAGAGAUUGCUUUCCUGAUUUGAAACAAACUCAAGUAACUUUUAUAAUUUCCUGCAACACAGGAUUGUGGUUUGGAUCAUGCUUUUAAUGCUUGUGAUUAUUACUAAUGAUUACUAUUCUGUUACUUUACCAAGUAGAACCCGCGUGACUAUUCUAUUACCAUGUGCUUCUUUCAAAGUGAGAAUAAUCUGCAGGAAGACUUGUUUGAUCAAAUUUUGAUUGGAAAGCUGGAAUUUCCCACCCCAUACUGGGACAACAUCACCGACUCUGCCAAGGUUUGACUUUGGAAAGCUAUAUAUGUGUUCAUGGAGAGAGAGACGCUGUACAGUACAUAUGUAACUUAAAGAAGCAGAGCUCUAUGAUUUGUUUUGUCAGUUCCUUUUUGACAUAAAACCACUUCCCAGUUCUAUAUCUUCAGUGGUAGAGUGAGAGAUAUGUCCAGAGGGGUAGUCCCUGAUCUAACCCACGCAGGGCCAGACUGGGGACACGUAGCAGCCCUGGAAAAAAAAUCUAUGGCAGCCCCAUAAGUCAUUGUGCUAUGUAGUGUGUGUUUUAUUUAUUUAUUUAUUUAUUUAUAUAUAUAUAUAUUUUUUUUUAUUUUUUUUUUAUUAUUAAUUAUUGGAAUACUUAUUUUUCAAUUCAAAAUUAUUAGUCCUUUUAGGGUAAUUAAAUUAUACAGUAAAGCAUACUCACAUACAGACACAGAUAAUCUUACUGAUGCACACAAAUAGGCUCAUUGACAUAUCUCAAUGACACAAACAAGGUUACUGGUACACACAAAUUUAGUACAGACAAACUCUGAUACACACACAAGCUUACUACAGACAAACUCACUGCACACACAUGCUCACCACAGACAGAAGCAGACACACCCAUGCUCUCUACAGACAAACUCACUAACACACACAAGAUCCCUACAGACAAGCUCACUGACACACAUACAAGCUCACUCACUAGCAGGCACACACACAGAAGCUCACUCACUAGCAGAUGCGCGCACACAAACACAGAAGCUCACUCGCAAAUGCACACACACAAAGACAUCCACACACACAGAGACAGCCAGACAGCCACACACUCACACACAGGCAGACAGUCAUACAUAUACACACAGGCAGACCGUGUGACACACACAGAGGCAGACAGUCACACACACACAGAGGCAGACAGUCACACACACACAGAGGCAGACAGUCACACACACACACAGAGGCAGACAGUCAUACAUAUACACACACAGACAGUGUCAUACGCACGCAGGCAGACAGUCACACAUACGCACGCAGGCAGACAGUCACACAUACGCACGCAGGCAGACAGUCGCACAUACGCACGCACGCAGACAGUCGCACGCACGCAGACAGUCGCACGCACGCAGACAGUCGCACGCAGGCAGACAGUCAGUCACACAUACGCACGCACGCAGGCAGACAGUCACACAUACGCACGCACGCAGUCACACAUACGCACGCACGCAGACAGUCACACAUACGCACGCACGCAGUCACACAUACGCGACGCGACGCACACAUACAGCUCCACGCUAAUGCGACGCAUUGUCACACAUACAGACGCAGGCAGACAGUCACAUACACACGCAGCAGACAGUACGCGACGCAGGCAGACAGUCACACAUAUACGCUCACACAUACGACGCGACGCAGGCAGACAGUCACACAUAAUGACGCACGCAGGCAGACAGUCACACAUACGACACGCAGACAGUCACACAUACGCGACGCGACGCAGGCAGACAGUCACAUACGCACCACGCCAGGCAGACAGUCACACAUACGACGCACGCAGGCAGACAGUCAUACGCACGCGACGCAGGCAGAUUAGUCACACAUACGCGACGCGACGCUAGUCACGAAAGUCACACACGCAGGCAGACAGUCACACAUACGCAUCGCAGCAGUCACACAUACGCACGCAGGCAGACAGUCACACAUACCACGCAGGCAGACAGGUCACACAUACGCACGCAGGCAGACAGUCACACAUACGCACGCAGGCAGACAGUCACACAUACGCACGCACGCAGGCAGACAGUCACACAUACGCACGCAGGCACAGUCACACAUACGCACGCAGGCAGACAGUCACACAUACACAGACAGUGACAGACACACGCAGACAGUGUCACAGACACACAGAGGCAGACAGUGUCACAGACACACAGAGGCAGACAGUGUCACAGACACACAGAGGCAGACAGUGUCACAGACACACAGAGGCAGACAGUGUCACACACACACACAGAGGCAGACAGUGUCACACACACACACAGAGGCAGACAGUGUCACACACACACACAGACACACUGACCUGCUUCUUACUUUCACAUCCCUUGGAGCUCCUGGAGGCUGGUUGUUGGGGAAGCAGGGACUCCUUCCUGCUUCCCAUGCUGCAUUAACCAGGCCCCCCGCCGCACGCUAAGCUCCGCCCCACCGCAAUUUUUUUUUUUUUUUUUAAUGAUCCCGGCCGGCCAUGUGUGAGCUGUGCCGGCCACCUGGCUCCCCCUGCUCCCAUGGGGCCCUGUGCAGCCGCACAGCUCACACAUUGCCGUCCGGGAUCACAGGAGCCUGAGCAAUAGGGCUGUCAGCCCAGCCCCAGGUGCCGCGGCCCACUGGGAAAUUUCCCGGUAUCCCGGUGGGCCAGUCCGGCCCUGAACCCACGUGAAAAGUUAUUUUUGUCUCCUAUUUACAUAGGUUAAUUCCCUAAUCUCUGGUGAGGACUGAGGAAACUUGCAUAACAUCAGAUGCUUGGAGUCUGUACCAGCAUGUUCCUCUGUUUGUAUAUGUACAUUGUUCGUGUCUUCACCCAGUUACUACUGCACGUGCAAACCUUACAUGUUCGCCAACUGAUGCACAAGCAUCACUGUGUUAAAUAUAUUUAUUAAUGCAAUAUAGAACAGUGGUUGUUGUGUAAUGUCAGGGGGAGGGAAUGGAUUGUUGCUGAUUUGAUACAAUUGCCUCUGACAUUUUUAAUUGGAGAAGCAGAGUUUGUGUAUUGAGACAUUCCCUGAUGACCUUAAACAAAUAGUUUUAUUUUACUGUGCCUUGAGGUCACAAAUGUUAAAGGUGAAACAAAAAGGAGCAGAUUGAACCUGAUGUGGUGAAGCAUAUUGGACUUUAUUAUUUUUUAUUUUUUUUUAAGAUAUGUAUGAUUUGUGUUUACUUUCCAUAAAACUAAAAUACCUGAUCUGUAGACUCAAUGGUUUGCAUUAUCUGAAGUUAGCCUAGUGAUAUGAUCUGACGUCUCUGACCUAAGGCAAACUGAGUCUUUGUGUGUGUAAGGCCAGAGGACACAAAUAUGGAAAAGGGCCAGCGGCUUGUCAUUAACAAUUACUUAACAAGCCUUUGGAUUUCAGCAUUAUAUCAUACUAUUGUGGGGGGGCGGGGGUUUGUGUGUAUGUAAAUAACAAAUAUGAGGUACAUGGAAAACCCAUGAGAUAAAUAAGAAGAGGCAUUAAGUGAUUCUUUAACGCAGUUUUGUAAUAACUGCAUUUGUAAUGGUUUAUUGCAGAUUCUUUUCUUUAUAAUAUGCUGUAAUAGCCACAAAACACCAGGGAGAUAUAUAAAGUAUUUUUGUAUGGGUCACUUUAAGUUGUUGAAGGAAACUAAACUGGUAGGGACAAUUGACCUUGCCUGUUAGUCAAAAUAAUUGAGUGUUUUCUAAAGCUGUGCAAAAUGUAUAGCCUAAAAACUGUAAUAAUGGUCUCUUGAUUUUACACUGUAUUUUAAAUAAUUUUCAACACCUUGGUUUGCUCUGUGAAUAAUUUGUCAAUAAUAAAUAGCAUGAUACUUGGGUUACCAAUAUAGUAUGCCAGGAUGUUAUGUUUCAAAAAGCAGGCUAGGCAAACCGUUAGUUCUACAUGAACACUGGUGAUGUUUAUGAUUUAGCCUGCACCUCCAGUUCCCAUUGGCUAUAUGGUGAGCAAAAAAAGUAUGCUCUUGCAUUUUCCCAUUCACUAUGUCUAUCGGAUAACAGAACAGGAUCCAUGUUGGAAGUUAGGUGCCCAAUGUGUGAGUCAAUGUAAUAUAGGUUGUAGAAAUACUGGCAUUUUAUAACUCUAUGGUUAGAGUGGAAAGUCUCUUGAAAUUUUCUAAUUUUAUUUUUCCUUUUAUAGGAGCUGAUUGGAUGCAUGUUGCAGGUAAAUGUCGAGGAUCGAUUCACGGCAGAACAAAUUUUAUGUCAUCCUUGGGUGUCUGUAAGUAUAACAUUGUUACUAUGUGUAAAUUCAAAUACCAUAAUGCACUAUGGGUGACAAUUUAGGCAUUAAUCUCUAUUAUUAUUGGACAAGCCUUGGUUUGGUGAGUAUCACACUCUCAGGCCACAGUUACUAUGUGAAUCUGCUGCCAUUUUGACCCCAUCCCUCCUCUGGUAAUAUUGCGAGAGGGAUGGUUUGUAGGCAAAAAUAGCAGAAUUCUUUCUUCUGAGCUCUUCUGUGGGCAAAUCUAUCAGGAGAAAAGAUAAAUAAUGCAACAGCUCUCAAACCCAUGCAUGUAGCCAGUGCUGCCCUAAGAUUAAAGGAACCAAGGCCCUAAUGCUACAAAUGUUGACAUUUUGAUGUGCAAUGUAAAACUUGUAUUGUUUUAUGCACUAGUUAUAAUAUGGGUUAUAAUAUUUCAAAAUAUUUUAACACAGGAUGAUGUAUCUAUGGGAAAUAACAUGCAAGUAGAAGUCACUGGUAAAUUAAAACAGCAUUUUAACUCUCAGCCUAAAGAGACCAACACUACAGCCGCGGUGUCUGUAAUCAUGGUAAGUUUGGCUAUAACUUUUAUGUUUUCAUUGCACAGUAUGUUUGGUUUUAUGGGGCUGCUAAUCUUACUUUUUCUUAGGGGGGGCAUUUAAUGCAACAUAACCACUACAAAACAUUACAGUGGCUAUGUUUCAUUGGGUCUCUUGCUGCCACCCCCUUUCCCUGCCGAAGGAAACCUGUUUUGUCCAACCUGGAUAUCAGUGGUAAGCUCUGCCAAUUGUUGCUGUCCAGGUUGGAUGAAAUUGACAUUGUUAUUGAAGAAGUGUAAAUUCCAUGUGAUCAAAGAGGAAGCGGUUUCUGGGUGCAGGCCUUUUGUUCAGCAUCCCAGUAAAGCCACCCAUUUGGGUUGGUGAUUAUAGAGACCCAUUACAGCAGACAAACAUGUCUGACAAGAUGUUUGAACAAAGUGAUUUCUUAAGAGGAAAGUGCUGCUGAAUAUCAGCUAAAAUGCCUCUAGAGCAAUUGGAAUAAUUUCUAGCUAUUCUCAGAGGUGUGCGGUAUCACCUCUUGAACUUUUUGUUUUGUUUUUCGUGUAAUGAUGUUCAGAAAGGAACUCACAGAUGUCAAACAGAAUCAUCCACACAUUGGGAGAAACAGACCAGCCCAAACCUACCUCUUUCCCACACUUCCAUUUAAGGAGAUUUGUCUAGGAAUUAUUUAUGUAAAUUGCCUGGUACAGGACAGAGAUUGUGCCCAAGUGAUCUAAUGUCACUAAGACAUGGGUUGUUUUUUUGUUUUUUGUUAUGUUUUUUUAUGUUUGCACUAUAGUAUUUAACCAUAAUGAAUCCAUAAUAGAAUUGCCAAAUAUAAACAAGUAGAACAUUCUAUAGUGGCAUAAUGUCUAUAUCGACCACAUUGUGAGAUUUCCCAAAAUUCUAUUGGUCUUUAAAGAGUUAAACUAAUGUUCUCAAGUUCUUUGUAGGCUACAAUUCCUAUCAUAACGGUCUGUCCUUGCCUUCCAAAGAUAAAAAAAAUAAAAAAUUGAGAUUUACAGUUAUACCAUUGAAUAUCUGCCUGUUGGUUACCCUGAACAAAUAGUAUAUAGGGUGUGAUCAGCCAACAAGAUUAAACACUAAUGACUCACAUACACACUCACAACAAGAGAACUGACCUAACGCUCCCUGUCAGCUUCCACUGUAAGUCCCGCGGUCUGAGUGCCGUGCGGAACGUUGCCACGGGUUACCCGUGGCAACGCUCUGACCCCGCGGCUCUCGUGAGACUUGCAGGGGAGCUGACCGGACCGGAGCUGACAGGAGCUGCAGGAAAGGUAAGUUACAGCUCUCUGCCAGCCCCCAACAGGACCGCAGGGCUCAUUACAAGCCCGACGGUCUUGGUUUGUAUUAUGGCAAUGUAAGUUGCGAUAAUACAGACAUUGACUCGAGUAUAAGUCGAGUGGGGGUUUUUCAGCACAAAAAAUUUGCUGAAAAACUCUUAUACUCAAGUAUAUACGGUAUUUCAUUAGGGAUGUAAAGGGCCACAUAUGAUUUCAUGAAGUCACUUUAGUGCUCAUAAGUUUUCAGAUGAUAAUGUUUACAUUUUAUUUCACAGUUUGAGUUUGACUUGUAAGAAGGGGGAAUGCUGAGCUUCAGGUCUUGCAUUUGUGGCCCAGAGGAGAUGCGUUUUGAAGCAGAGGCCUGGUAUUAAACAUGAGCUGAAUAUCACUUUACGAGUAGAUUUCUGCAUGUCCCUCUUAUCUUGGCUAAUUUCUUUCAUACUGCUCUCUACAUCUUUAUGGUCGAGGGUCUUUCUAUUGCCUUGGAAACAUUUUCUUUCCUUAUGACAAAUCACUUCUAACAUUGAUGUAUUGUUCAUGUAUAUGAUUAAGCAUUUUUUAUUGCAGAGAGUAUAAGGGAAAUCCUGCUUAUAUUGUAUGGCACCAGAAAUGAACUGUAAUAAUGUAUUGAUGUCUUUAUAGUCUUUGUUUUUUUGCUUGUUUUUUGAACAGUUCUAAAUGAAGACUGUGAAAGAUACUGUAAAUUCAAUCACACAUUUUACACAAAGUAACAAUAUCAUAUGUACAUAUGCAUAUAUACACAUUCAUGUAAACUACAUACAUGUCCAUGAAGGCCAUUUUAGCUACAGGUUAAAAUGGUGUAUAUGGGCUUUGGGGUGAUUGGAAAGGAGUUAUUUGGAGGGAUCGGCUCUAUCAGCUAUAGGAAAUCUUUAAGGACCUUUUCUCCUAUGGAGUUGGCAAUAAUAAUGCCUAUGGGGAAGCAUUGGAUUGGCUGAGAUUGUUAAUUCAGAUGAUCUCAGCCAAGGGGUCAGAGUGUGGGAGGAGCCAUCAUCUCCUCAUAGCGGCGCUGGAAUAAAGGUACGUUUUUGCUAUAUUUAAGUGAAGGAAAGAAGAGCUAGCCCCCGAAAUAGUGUUUGUAUUCCUGACCAUGUAGUGUUGCUUUAGAGUGGACUGCUGUGAGCAUUAUUGUUUGCCAUACUUUUUACACCCAGUAUGGCCCUCUUUAAGAUAUAAUCAAAUAUACCUGAAGAAAGUCUAAUUUAAUCAACACACGUGUUGGUUCAUUCACAUCUGAAUUUUUCUGUGGCAUUAUUGGAAUGUUAUGUAAAACCUUUUUCUUUUUUUCUGGAGAUAGAUGUGUUUGAAAUAUACCAAAAAAAAAGCACACUUUCUUAGUGCAGUUUGACACUGCAUUAAAACCUGUCACUAGUGGUGUUGGGAUGUUUGUCACGGUACAAGACCAUGCAUAUAAUAGCGUGUUAGUAUAUUUGCUUGCCCUGCAAAACUCUCCUCUUUUACAGAUUUCUACAAUAAAUUUAAACCUAGAGAGCAAAACUGACACAAUAAAUAAAGUAUAAAUAUCAAAAUUUUUUUUUUGAACAAGAACAUUACUCACCAAUAAAAAAAAUUUGGGGAAUAAACCACUAUAGUGCCACACAGGCUAGGGACACGACCAAUCUCUCAUAAAUUGUAAACAAAAAUAAAGAUAUCCGGGCACACACAGACUCUAUCCCCUAUUGCAGACUUUGGUCAGGCAACAUUUCGGCUCAAACACAAGCCUUUCUCAAGCCACUUAACUCAAAAUGUUGCCUGUCCAACUUUAAUAAAGUCUGCAAUUUGGGAUAGAGCCUGUGUGUGCUCGGAUAUCAUACAAUGUUUCUAAAGACGCUUGGCAAUGUAUUAAUGAAACCUGAAAUUGUGGAGAAUUAAUGAGGGUAUUGCAUGUUUUAAGCAUUAGCAUUAGGGUUUUUGUUUUUACCCUUUUCAGCAAUACUACCUUGGCUUAAAUUUGCCGUUUGCCUGUCCUCUACAAUUUUAAUUUUAGUGAAUAGACUAAUCCCAAAGGAUGUGUAUUCUAAUUGUAUGUGCACAUUGUUUUGUUUACUGUGUUUAGGCAUUGAGCGAUGUGCUGUUCAUCCUGUAACCCUCUCACAGUCAAUUGGCUAAACUCCACUAUCACCUGUGGAGCUUCUUAGUGCAGCAUAUUAACUGCAGGGACCUCACAGUGCUGAUAGUUAUUUGUACAUGUGUGAUAUGCAAUGUUGUUUCUUGCACUGUUUUUCCAAUUUGUUGCUUUUUUAGUAAGUUUAGUCUCUAUCCCUUGCUUCUUUCCUCUAUUCCUCCUGUUUCCAAACGCCUGCAUUGCUUCCCUCUGCCUAGGUCCAAGCCAAUGGUAUGUACUAACGUCAUCUGCCAUGCUUUAUCUGCUGCACAUACAAAUCUAAUAAUGUGAUGUUUACCUGGAGAAAAGGAGAAGUAACAUACGUCCAAGACUAUUUUAUUCCACUUUCUAAGAUUAAUACCGUGAGUGGCUUAAAGUAAAUGUAACCCCUUGCCUACACACCAAAAUGACAAAGUGCUACAUCAGUAUGGCAUUGUCCAUGCUACAGGCCAAAUAAAGUGACUCCAAUGUUUAUUAAUGUGUUCAUCACAACUUGUCUACUUUACCGCCAUCUAGUGGACAGUGGUUCUCACAUAUAGAUGAAAAGCUGGUCAACAUCCAGGUUAUUAUCCAAGGGUAAACAUUAUGUACAUAUUACAAUGUGCAUUCCCUGGUGACCCCAUUGAUAAACUAUAUGGUUCUUAAUAGGCAUAGUGACUGCUGGGAAAUUUAAAGUCCCUACUGUGAAAGAAUGUGUAGUGUUCGUGAUAUCUUGCUUCUAUGUGGGUGUUAAGUCUUGUAUACUUUUGCUGAACAUGCUAUCCAUUAGCAAAUUGUGUUGCCUUCCAUUUCAGUGGCAUGCAGAUUAAUGUGCGUUUGUGUUUGAUGUGGUUUGUGUGUGAUUUGCUGCAUAAUACAGCAUGCAAUUUAUCCACUUGUAGCAUUUUCUUUUUCAGUAUAAAAUGUUGCCUAUAGAAGUUUACAAUUUAUAAUAAUAUAAAGCCAAACCGAGUUUAUUAAUGAAACCAUGAAUUUUGAUGAAUUGCAAUAUUCAGACUAAAGUAGCUGAUCUGUGACUUUAUCAAAGUUGGGGAAUUUUUCCAGAUGGGCUAGUUAUAUCUUCAAUUUUGCAAUUCAGUUUUCGAUUCACUAUUUUGUGAAUAAACCCCAAAUGUGUGCGUCUUUAAAUGAUAACUAAAGACUAUCCUGAGUGCUUGAUGUUAUCUGUCUACAUAUAUAAUCAGUUAUUCACUAAAGCUGGAAUCCAGAUUAGCACAAUUUUAGUUUGAAUGUACGAAUUGCCCCUGAAUUUGUAAUUAUUCUAUUUACUAAAGCCUAAUCUGGUUGAAAUUUGAUUCUGUCUACAUAAAGCAUAAAUGCCAUUCAAUUUGCAUAUUUAUCAAAAAUAGAAUUUUAAUUAGAUUAGCUCUGAACAAAUCCAGGGAUAGACAAAUUCACUAAAAAAAUUAAUUUGCUUUCUUUUUUUUUUUCAUACGAUAGGUAUAGCGGGUUCAAGCCAACAUUUGGGCUUACGCAGAAGCCAAUAUUUGAGAGGUUGUUCAUAGCAAUACAACAUAUAACUUUAGUUUACAUGACAUUCCUCUUUGUGAUCACUUUGUGCCCUGCUUCCCAUCGUGGAUUUUAUGUUUAAACCAGGCAAUUUAGCUUUGUAAGGAUAUUAAUUUGCUUUCUACAGGAGAACCUAUAGAAAACUAAAUACUUGCCUAUUUGCUUCACAAGUGGCCAGCAGUCAAAGGGUUUGAAUAAUUAAAUAUUACUAAUUUAUAUUUAUUAUAUUAUUGAUAUCAUGUAAAUAUAAUAAACAAACUAAAUAUUCAAGUUAGCCUUUUUUCCUUGGAGUUGGCUAAGGAAAUAAGGCUGACAUCUUUUUGUAAUGAUACUAGAUUCUAUUAGAAUUGGCAAAUGUCUGCCAAAUAACAGUUGGACUGAACUGGCAGGCAGACAGCUGCUAAUUCUGUAUGAUUAUCACUGUAUUUGAUUGAUUCUGUAUUUCCAUCAUUCAGUUCUGAAUUUCAGCCUCUGUCAGAUCUGGACAGACUGAAAGUCAGUCUAACUUGAAGGCUCUAUUGCAGAAUCCACACAUAAAUCUUAAGAAUAGUGUCCAAAUUGCCUCCGUCCAUAUACCCUUAGAUGAUACCAGAUUGUUUUUAAUAAUGCAGACAAGGUGUGUUCUGACUUUGGUGAAUAACCCUCGAUAUGUAAGUGGACCACUUAACAUUACAGAGCUUUACAAGCUGAUCCACCCUCUCAGUGAAAACCAUUGCUAUGACAUGUUCAUAUUUGAGCUUUGCAUUGGACACAUUUCAGAGUCUCUUAAAAUGCAUUAUAUACUCCAUGUUACUCAUACUAUCCUUAUGGUCAAUUAUUUUAAAUACAAUUCUUCAAUCAAUUCUUGUGUAACUAUCAUUCCAAGUGAAUUCUUGUAUAACGAUCAUUCCAAAUCAAUAUCCUUUUAAAUUGAUCACUACUUUAGUUGACCAAUGUUUCCCUAAUUGAUCAUCCCCUCCAUGUGUUUCAUUGCAUUGUCCUGCUUCAGAUGUUUUGUAGUAUACCCUUGUUCAUGUAUCAUAGUUGCAUUAUUUUAGAGCUCCCUUAGUGUAUUUUAUCAUAUCUUAUUAACUUGCAUGAGUCUCUUCCUAAAACCUCACAUGUUGUUUUCAAUUUAACGUUUUCAUGACUCCAAUAAUGUUGGCCCGUUACCUUUUAAGGUCUCUAGGGAAUAGUUUGUUACUAGACUAAGAGGUAAUGGCUGGUAGUGUGGUGUUCUCCAUAAUGGGACAGUAAUGAAAGUAAUGUAAUAGUCUUUUCCAGUAUGGCCGAUGUUUGCUUAUUCAAAGGUUUGUUUACACAACAGUGUUACUUCUCCAUUUCUCCGUCUAGUGCAUGAACAAUCAUUUGGUGUAUGGCAAGAACAUUCAAUUCUCUUGUAAUACCUUGCUAUUAAUUGUUAUGCAUUUCCUUUGUAGAACACAGCUCUUGAUAAGACUGGUCAGAUCUUCAGUGGUAAACGCUGUGAUGACAAUGGUACUACUGGCCGGGACAAAAUCAUUGCGGUGACAACCGCUGAAGACGCUGAGAAUAUUUCUGGGUCUACAGAACUGCUGUGAAAAAUUGGAGGCUUCCUAGCCUAGAUGUAUACUGGAUAGCUUCACUGGCAAAGUGGAGGACUGAUGACAAAACACUGGAAUACACUUCUAAAUGUUCUUUUUAUGCCGCCCUUUUAGUAUUUUUGUUCUUGGUUUCCCUUUAUAACUGGUUUUCAUUGUACGAGAGACUCUUAGUAUGUUGAACUUCUGAAUAUGUCAGUCUUACGACAACUUGAACAAAUCAUAGUUAUUAAUGGGAUUUUUUUUAAAUUACCUUAUUCCAAUACAGUACAUUCAGCAUUAGAAUAGGGGAUAACCAUAGAAAAGAUUUGUAAGCCUACUAAUUUUGCCAUUGCUACAAUUACUUCCAGGAGACUAUUUCUAAAUUGUUCAAUGGCAAAAACGUUUUUUGUUAGAUACUGGUACUCCUGAAAGUGAUCUUUUAUCUUCACGAUUAAAGACAUUGGGUUAUUUGGUUUGGUCACUUUGAUGUGGCUUAUACGUUGUGCACCUUCUAAGAGCAAGGUAUUUAUUGAUAGAUCUGGUAAUUUAUUUAGGUGUGUGGGUAUUUAUUUUGGGGCUUUCCCCUUUCCUUAGUUUUCACUCUGUACAGUCUCUACAUCUAUUUUUGUAAAAGACUCUGCUAGUAUUAAAUCUCCUGUGAAACCUGAAGAUGAGACGCAUGUUGCCACAGCCAGGUGCAAAACUGCUUUUGCAAAAUGCAACGGUCAGGACCAAUUAGCCAGUCUAUCCACACUAGUAGUGGACUGAUGACUACAUACAGUACUGAAGUGUUGUUACACAUUUUUAUAAUCCAUUGAAACUGGAGAGGAAACAACUGAUUUGUUUUUGUAAUUCUGCUUCUAAAAUGUCUUUUCAAAGCUUGUUUCAUUCUAUUUACAGUAUUGCACAUUUGAAAGCAACCCUCAGCUUGGAAUUGCAGCCUGCCUUGAUACUUAAACCUAUUAAAAUCUAGGCAUCAAUGCAUGUUUUGUCCUUUCUGUUAUGCUGUCUGUCCAGUGUACAUUGACUGGGAAGGUAGAUUCAAAUGAAUGUACUUAACUAUACAAGAUCUUAUCAGACUGAAUAUACUCUGCUUAACUAACUUAAACAUUUGAGUCAAAAAACGUAUCAUUAUCUUAUGUCUUUGUUUGGGUAUAAGCAAUUUAACACUAUCCUCUGAACAAGUAAUGCAAUGCAGUGGUAUUUAUGUGCAAAAUAUACCAUUGAAUGUUCCGCUUGCCAAGGCAAUCUGCUCAUUUGCUUUAGAAGUCACUCAUUAGACUGCUAUUUCUGCUACCAGUCAAUGAAAUCCCACAGAUUUGUAUGGUUUUAUCCUAGGAUAAUUCUACAGCUAUGUAUAAGCAAUGACUAGAUAGUGUUCACCUUUUAGAGGCAAGAUCUAAUCCCUCAUUCAUAUUCUGUCUAAACUGUUAGAACAUUCUAAAUGUUUGGGUUAGUAGUGUUCUGUUGUAAGCACCUGGCAUCGUUGUUCAUCUUAAUAAUGUGUGCAGCUAUCUUCUUUCAACAGUAAAUAUCUAGACCUAUUGAACUAGUUUCGUUGGUUUGCAGUAAAACUUGAACAAGAGCCACAUAUGCAUAUAAGCAAAUUCUGCAUUGCAUAGUGUUGUUUAAUUCAUCAUUUUAAAUGCAAACAUCUGGUGCUUUUACCUCAUACUUUAAAAACAUGCUGUCUGAGUAACGAUACAUGGAAUACAAAAUAAAAAAUAUUUUAGCAGUGGGUGCAAAAUGAGCAAUAGGUGCUGAGCCCAAGCAGAAGACAGAACCCUCUUGAUAGGAACACGUCCUGCAAUAGUAAUUCAACAUAACAAAGAUGUCUGAGCACACACAGAUCCAAUUGCAGACUUUAAUGGAAACAAUGUUUCAGCUCAAACAGGAACCUUUUCCAAGUCCCACAUGAGCCGAAACAUUGCCUGUUCAUUUAUGGAAUCUGUGUGCCCAGAUAUCUUUUUGUUAUUUUAAUUUACCAUGAGACAUUGUGUCACUGACAUAUAAACACCUGCUAAAGCCAGAGAGAUCAUUCACAUUGUUAGUGCAUCAACUCCAUCUUUAAUCAAAGACUGGUAAAAUGAGCACCAUUAAAUAACCGUGAAAACAUGAUCUAGAAUGUAUAUGUACUUCAAUACAAACUCGAAACAGUCAGUAGACCAGAGAAAGUUAUGGCAGUUACUGGGAUAGUAUGUCUAACUGCUCAUUAGUUUUUAUUUAAGCACAAUUUAAUAUUAGCAUUUUAAUUAAGUUGCCGUUUCUUCAUACUGUCUCUUCAAAUCUGAUUUUAUUUUGUACUAGAAAUGUAAAUUUACAAUAAACAUCCUCUCC